AGGUGGCGCUGCGACGCCGGGUGGAUGCGGCUCCGAAAGCGGCGACCCUUCGCGGUUGGCGGCGACACGCACGCGCCCGAUGCCCGUCUGCCGGCUGCGGUGUGCAGCUCGCUCAGGGGAAGGAGGAGGCGGCGGCGGCGUUGGCUGCGCACGGCUCCUCUCUCUUUCCUUGAGCCGUCCCCGGGACAGAGAGGGGAACCGCCGCCAUGGUGAAGGAGCAGUUCCGCGAGACGGACGUGGCCAAGAAGAUGUAAGCGGGACUCGGGGGGCGGCGAAGAACAAGCUUGCCAAGUUGGGGGGCGAGGAAAGCGGUCCGUUGAGUGGUGUGGAGGGGAAAUGGUGCAACAGCACGGGAGGCACCUUACGGAGAGCCCCUUUUGGAGAGCAGGAGGGAUAAAUCUUUUUAUUUUUAUUUUUUUAUUUUUUUGAAAAUGAUUUUUAUUUGAUUUUACAAGCGUAGAGUUAUAACAAUACUAAAUAAAUAUCCACAUUUAGAGAUUUCUCCGAAUCUCCAGACUUCCCACCAUCCCCUCCAUGGGUCUUAUUGUCAGCAUUUUCAGCUGCAUAUUAUUUCAUAAUCCAUAUUUUGUAUCUGUCCAUAAUUGUCCACAGUGGUUGUUACAUUACAAGUGUUAUUCAAAUCCUGCUAUUGUUUUCAUCUGCUUACAGUGGUCUCCUAAGUAAAUUAUAAAAUUUCCCCAUUCUUUCUUAAAGUUUUUGUCUUCUUUCUUUAUCCUGGGAUAAAUCUAUUUUUAGCUCAGCCAAAAAAAAGAAAGAAAAGGAAGUAUUUUGGAAAUCUAAAUAUAAGCAAUUUUGUUUACAUUAGAUGGCUAUAUGUUCUGCUUGCAUUUUCUUUUUUGCAAGCGUAGCUUGCCCUGGGACUUUAUUAGGGUGGGGGAAUAAAGUAAAAUAAUACAAAAAAGUAAUUUUCUGUAGUAUUUAAACAUGCCUUCCUCUUGUAGUCAGCAUUUCCCCAUGGUUGUAGGAUUCUGUGGUUCUAGAUCAUGCAUGUUGACUUGGCAGCAAGUCCCAUAAAGUGGUACCUCAGGUUACAUACGCUUCAGGUUACAGACUUCACUAACCCAGAAAUAGUGGUUAGGGUUAAGAACUUUGCUUCAGGAUGAGAACAGAAAUCGUGCUCCAGUGGCAUGGCAACAGGAGGAGGCCCCAUUAGCUAAAGUGGUGCUUCAGGUUAAGAACAGUUUCAGGUUAAGUACAGACUUCCGGAACGAAUUAAGUACUUAACCUGAGGUGCCACUGUAUAAGUUUGCGGGAGGUUUGCAUCCUUAUACACAGAGUUUCUUCAGCCUGUGCCCUCAAGAAAGUACUUCUUUACACAGCACAUAGUUUAAACGAUGGAACCUGCUCCCACAGGAUGACCGCCAACCUAGAUGGCUUUAGAAGAGGAUUAGACAAAUUUGUGGAGGGCUGUCGAUAGCUGCUAACCAUGGUGGCUAUGCUCUGUCUCCACAGAUGGAGUCAGCAAUGCUUCUGAAUACAAUUAAGUUCGUAACUAGAGGUACCACUGUACCAACCAGUUGCUGGAAGUCACAGGAGGGGAGAGGGCUCUUGGGCUUGAAUCUUACUUGCUGGUUUCCCAUAGGCAUUUGAUCGGCCACUGUGAGGACAGGAUGCUGGACAAGAUGGGCACUUGCCCUGAUCCAGCAGGCUCGUCUUAUGUUGGAUAAAACGUAAAAUACUAAAACAAAAGACAAAGCAGCAGGAAAUCUCAGGUGGUUGCUGGUCUCUUCUGUUGAAAUCAGCAGGCUGUUUUUGUGUUCUUAAGUGAGUAGGCAUCAGGGACUUCAUGCUUUCGAUCACCUGUGGCUGUGCUUCUAGAAGUUUCAGCAGCCACCCAACAACAUUUCUGAAUAUUAUCUAAUGGCAACUAGUCACUGAAAUAGAAGCUUCUGAGGCAUAAUCGUUUCUGAUAAAAUAUAUUCUUUAAAAAUCUACUUUUCCACAGUGUAAUGUAGAGUGAGCGCCCCACCUCUUGCUUCUUGCCUCAUUUCACAUUCUGACAGAUAGACUAUAGAAGGGAAGAGGAUAAGAUCCAGCUAUUAAACUCAAGAGUCCUUGCUGUCUGUGUACAUGAGCGCUUGUUUAUGGUGUCGGGGUAUGUGCAAUACUCAGGAAAAUAUGUGUUUUUAAUUCACUUUUUGGCUUAGUCUUGAGCUAGCCAAAUAAGGCUUCGUGUCUUAUGUGAAUCGUACAUUUUAGGGAGACUCUUGACCAAUAUUGGAGAUUACAAUGGGUGGUCUGUUGGGGCCAGGCCACUCAUGGCUUUAUAUGCUAAAGUCAGAAUUGUGCUUAGAAGGCUGCAAGAUAUAAAUACAGAAGUCUGGUGUGCUGGAUUCUUGGUAUUGCUUACUUGUCAGAGGCAAGUCACAUUCUAUAUAAGCAGAGACUUCAAAAUAGUCAACCAGAGUACAGUGGUGCCCCGCAAGACGAAUGCCUCGCAAGACGGAAAACUCGCUAGACGAAAGAGUUUUCCGUUUUGGAGGUGCCUCGCAAAACGAAUCUGCUAUGGGCUUGCUUCGCAAGACGAAAAUGUCUUGCGAGUUCCUGGGGUUUUUUUCCCCUUUUCCCCCUCUUUUUCUAAGUCGCUAAGCCGCUUAUCUGCUUAUCCGAUAAGCUGAUAAGCUGCUAAAAGCCGCUAAAAGCCGCUAAUAGCGCUAAUCCGCUAAUCCCAUCAAUGGGCUUGCUUCGCAAGACGAAAAAACCGCUAGACGAAGAGACUCCCAGAACGGAUUCUUUUCGUCUUGCGAGGCACCACUGUAUCUCCAUUUUGUGAUAUAUCUGGUGCUGUUUUCUGUUCUAGAAGCCACAUCUGCUUUGGGAUGAAGUCUCCAGAAGAGAUGCGACAGCAAGCUCACAUCCAGGUGGUUAGUAAAAACCUAUACAGUCAAGACAACAAUCAUUCACCUCUGCAGUAUGGUGUACUGGACCAUCGAAUGGUAAGACCUUUUGUUGUUCAAUCAUAUCCCACAAUGCAUAAGAAGUAGUGUAAAGUAUCUCUAGUUAGAAAGGAUCUGGGUUGCAGGACUUUGAAAAAACUCAACCUGUGGAACUGCUGUCAGGCAGAGGAGAUAGGCGAGAGAUGGGUGACUUGACAAUAUAAAACAGCUUUGGGUGCUUACAUUCCAAAAGCAUUUCUUUACGCACCCAUUACUUUCAGAUCAUAUCAGUCUUUUCUAGUGUGCAAAAUGUAUGUUGAUGAAAAACUUACUUGAGGUCUAGAAUUGUAGGCUAAAACAAAGCUUGAUUUCUGUAGUCUAGUUUUCUUUUCUUUACUGAAAAGAAGAGCAUUUGUUAUGCACGCUUAUUUGUGGCUAGAUAAUUGUGUAUGGAUGCAUGUGUGUGUGGACUUGCGAGAACUAAGAUCCUUGUGAGUUCUAAGAUUACAAAGGAGUAAUAAAGCCAUAUACUGCUUGUGACACAUAAUUAGUAGUGGGGUGUCUUAAUUCAUCAGAGAACAGUUUGAUAAUAUCUUAUCUAUUUAAUUUGAUUUAUUAAAUUUCUAUACUGCCCUUCAUCUGAGAACCACAGUGCAGUUUACAAUAUAAAAACCCAAAAAAUACAUAACAUAGUAGCAAACAAAAAUAAUGCACACAGAGAAAGUGUGUGUGUGUUUAAAAGAUUGUUUAAUUAGUCAAAGUCCUGGGAGAAGAGGAAUAUUUUUGCCUGCCACCUAAAGAUAUGUAGAGAAGGCGCCACUGUUAAUUGUUUAAUGCAUUUCUACUCCCAAGGGUACAAGUGAGAAGGAUCGUCCAUGUGAAACUUGUGGAAAGAAUCUGGCGGAGUGUUUGGGUCAUUAUGGCUACAUUGACCUGGAGUUGCCUUGUUUCCAUGUGGGGUACUUCAAAGCCGUGAUAGGCAUUUUGCAGGUAAAGUUGCAUUUCAUGUCAAGGACUGGAGAUGACAGAGAUUGAGGGACACUUGACAUGCUGUUCCAGUUGUGGGCCAUUGUCUGUGAUGAUGUCCUCUGAUAGGAGACCAGGGUUCAAAUUCCCACUCAGCCAUGAAGAUCACUGGGUGACUUUGGGUCAGUCAUUCUCUCUCAGCCUAUCCUACCUCUCAGGGUUGUUGUCAGGGUAAAAUGGAGAGGAAGAGAACUAUGUACAGUGGUGCCUCGCAAGACGAAAUUAAUCCGUUCCGCGAGUCUCUUCGUCUUGCGGUUUUUUCAUCUUGCGAAGCACGGCUAUUAGCGGCUUAGCGGCUAUUAACGGCUUAGCGGCUUUAAGAAAAAGGAAACAAACUCGCAAGAACUCGCAAGACGUUUCGUCUUGCGAAGCAAGCCAAUAGGGAAAUUCGUCUUGCGGAACUACUCAAAAAACGGAAAACUCUUUCGUCUAGUGAGUUUUUCGUCUUGCGAGGCAUUCGUCUUGCGAGGUACCACUGUAUACUGCCUUGAGCUUACUGGAGGGAAGGUGGACUAGAAAUUAAUUACAGUACUGUGCUUACCUGAUGUUCAAUAUAUAAAGUUUCUGAGUAGUUAUUAUUAAUGAAGUGCUCAGUAGAAUAGACUCCCUCCUCCCAAAAGCAUUCAUAUAAAUAUUUGGACUUUUGCCAUUUCCUUAGAUUUACUGCAUAGCAUAGCUUUGAAGAAGAAUACAUGACAGGAAGCUCAACGCCUUCAACCUUCCACAGUGUCCCUAUAUGUGCAUAUAAAUUUAUGGAGUGUCCAAAAGUGUAUUGGUUGACGGCAAAUUGUGUUUUUUGCUUCUGCUCUAGAUGAUUUGUAAGACCUGUUGCCGUAUCAUGCUGACCUUCGAAGAACAGAAACAGUUUUUGGAUUAUCUGAAGAGACCUGGCUUGACCUACCUCCAGAAACGGGGUUUGAAAAAAAAGAUCUCUGAAAAGUGCAGAAAAAAGAACACCUGCCCGUAUUGUGGGGCUUUUAAUGGUGAGUGCAUUAAUCUGCCCUUUGGUCCUUAAGCAACUUGAGUCUGGAACCGCUUAAGAACUUGAGAGCCUUACGGAUCAGACAGGGGACCACCUGGACUAGCAUCCUGUUUUCACAGUGGCCAGCUAGAUGCCUAUGUGAAGCUUGCAAGCAGGGAUCCAAGUGCAAGAGCUCUCUCUGCUCUGCGGUUUCCAGCAGCCGGUAUUCAGAAGGGUUCAGAAAUACUUCACGGACAGAUAGGCAGUAUAAGACUGCCUCAUAUUAUCACAGGUAUUUGAUUAUAAGGUAAAGGGACCCCUGACCGUUAGGUCCAGUCGUAGCCGACUCUGGGGUUGCGGCGCUCAUCUUGCUUUUUUGGCCGAGGGAGCCAGCGUACAGUUUCCGGGUCAUGUGGCCAGCAUGACUAAGCCGCUUCUGGCAAACCAGAGCAGAAACGCCGUUUACCUUCCCGCUGGAGCGGUACCUAUUUAUCUACUUGCACUUUGACGUGCUUUCGAACUGCUAGGUGGGCAGGAGCUGGGACAAAGCAACGGGAGCUCACCCCGUCGCAGGGAUUCAAACCGCUGACCUUCUGAUCGGCAAGUCCCAGGCUCUGUGGUUUAACCCACAGUGCCAACCGCGUCCCUAUUUGAUUAUAGAUAGUGUCUUAUUUUUGUUGUUGUUGAGAUUUUCUAUGUGCUUGUCACUCUCAGCUUUUAAAAUUGUUGCUUGACUUUAAGAGUUGCUGCAAUUUCUUGGUUGCUGUUUUAUAGCCGAGAUUAUGUAAUGCCUGAAAAAAAACCAAUUUGAACCAAACAUUCUUAGUCUUAGUGACUAAACCACAAUACAGUAACCUUAUUCUACUGAAGGUUUUGGUCUGUGUGUCUCCUGUGCUCCUCAUUUUUUCCUCUUUUUUUCUAAUUCUAUUUGUAAAACAUUGAGCAUGACUCUGGAGUGCUGACCAAUGUAAAUUAUUAAAAUGCAAAAAUGUGUGUGCAAAUUUUCUGGAUCUUCUUGUAGGUACUGUAAAGAAGUGUGGCUUACUGAAGAUAAUCCAUGAGAAAUACAAGACGACGAAGAAGAUAAUGGACCCCAUUGUGUCUAACUUCAUACAGUCCUUUGACACCGCUAUAGAACAUAAUAAGGAGAUUGAAUCCCUACUGGGGAAAGCCCAGGUAAAUAAUAAGAAAUCUGUACAGUCUUGUAUUGUUUCAGUUUUCUCUUCCUUUGGGAAGGGGGAUUUCUCUUAGGUUGAAACAAACCAAGGAUUUUUAUUUUUUUUUGCAAAAGCAUUUCUUGAUGCUUAGUGCCUAGAGGAUGGUAGCCUAUCUUAGUCAUGUUUUUGCUCUGCAGCAGGGUGGAUUUGAUUUAAAUCAAAUCAAUUUAAACAUUAUAUCAUAGGUAUCCAUUUUUGUUAACUGAUGUGGUUGAACAAUUUUUUUUAAAAUUAGCACACAUGAAAAUCUUAAAACAAAUCCUUAUUUCCUGAUGGAUAGCCUUUGGACUAUAAUGUAACUUAAAUAGAAAACUGUAUUUAGAACCAUUUUUUCUCAAAAAGCAUUGCAUAUUAAAAAUCCGAUUUAAAUAAAAAAAAUAUCCAGUUAUUAUUUUAUAAAUCAUAGAUUUCUAUCCACCCUGCCCUGCAGUGUUCAGUAGCAGACAGCACAGCAGGGUUUUGCCUUUUAUUCAACCUCCCUCCCACCUAGACACUGCUGCAUACAGGGAGGGAUAAGUUCGGUAUGGAGCAUACAUGCCAGCAGAGCCAUUCAGGUGCUUCUGCCACCAAAUUUGCACCGUAUUAACCUCACCACUUCCCUGCCCCUCUCCACCUGGUAUGCAACAGUGAUUCGGAGGGAGGGAGGUCAGGUAAGUGACACAGCCUCCCUCUGCCAUCCACUACUCAUAGCAUUUAUAAAACCAGUGAAGUGCCUUCUCUUGUCUACCCAACCUACAGAUGGUUCACAACACCUUAAAAGAAGUUGGAGAGAUUGUAGCGUAGCAGCUGAGUGUGUGGCUUUCUUGCAAAACCCUAGAUUAAAAGCAUUUCCAAUUUAGUAUGCAAUCUUACACUUACCUGGGAGCAAGUCCCAUUGAACUUAGGCUUACUUCUGACAGUUGCAUUGUUGCGGGGGGGGUUAGCAGCAAGCCUGUAAGAGCUUGACUGCGUGUGAUCCUUGAGAAUUUGGUUUGAGAUGGUCAGAGUUGGGAUUCUCAGGCUCUAGGAAUCACUAGUCUAAGGAGGUCCCUUAUCAUUUCUGUCAUCAAACUCUAAUAACGGUUAUUUGCCAUGUGUGAGAGAUGAUGAGUGAGUGGUGACGAAAAGCCAGACAUUCUUAUUUUCUUGUCACGGAGGGAGGAAAUGUAGCCCAGGAGUCCGUGAAAGUACAUGUGGUAUUGUACCAAAAUCACUGAGUUAUUGUGUGGGCUGAAUCACUAUAAAUCUUGGCUGCCACUCGAAGAGCUGAAUGUUCACUUUGCACAGUCUCCCAACUGCUGUAAUUGGCUUGAAUUUUGUCAAGGAAAGCUUUUAGCCUUGUGUGUCCCUUGGUAACAGCCUGCAAUUCCAUUAGAUGCCCUGCCUCAUACUCUUAAAACAAUUGUGUCUGGGCAGCUAGUAAGCCUUCAUAAGCAAAUACGCAGUCUAGACUCUGGGUUCUGUGUGUGUAUGAAGCCGCAUAUAUUUGAAGUGUGUGGAUGCAGUAGUUCAGGGGUCAGCAAACUUUUUCAGCAGGGGGCCGGACCACUGUCCCUCAGACCUUCUGGGGGGCCGGACUAUAUUUUGAAAAAAAAAUAUGAAUGCAUUCCUAUGCCCCACAAAUAACCCAGAGAUGCAUUUUAAAUAAAAGCACACAUUCUACUCAUAGAAAAACACCAGGCAAGCCCCACAAAUAAUCCAGAGAUGCAUUUUAAAUAAAAGGACACAUUCUACUAAUGUAAAAACGCUGGUUCCUGGACCGUCCGCAGGCUGGAUUUAGAAGGCGUUUGGGCCGGAUCCGGCCCCGGGCCUUAGUUUGCCUACCCAUGCAGUAGUUGUUAGCAUGUUCUUUCAGCUGACUGGAAUGUGUCCUUGGACUAUGACAAUGCUAUUCCUUGCCUGGAACAUUCAUUUGCAUGUGUGUAGAAACCUCUGAUUUAUGUGUGGCUGGCUUAUAGCCUACUGUACAAAGUACAGUACUUUAUACCAUUGUUCUACCCACUUUUUUUGUAUAGGGGAUGGCCCAAUAACUAGGAAAUAGGCAAAGUUUGAGAAAUGUCUGCUUAAGCCUUUUAAGCCUUUGAGUUCUAAAGAAAGUAAAGAACACAUUUGUGAUCCUUAAAACAUGAAAUGCUGGCACAACAUUUUGCCCUUCCUUGUGGUUUUAAAGCUACUUGACAAAUCAGUGGACAAGGCAUUGCUUGAGUCUUAGCCAGAAACUGAGUUUCCCGCUCUGCAAUGUUAAAAGUGUGAUUGUAACCUUUUACGUUUUGUAGGAAAACUUGAAUCCUUUAGUGGUUUUAAAUAUCCUAAAGAGAAUUCCCGCAGAAGACAUCCCUCUGCUUUUGAUGAACCCCGAAUCCGGCAAGCCUUCGGACUUGAUCCUGACACGACUCUUGGUCCCCCCGCUCUGCAUUAGGCCGUCCGUGGUGAGCGACUUAAAAUCCGGCACCAAUGAGGAUGACUUAACGAUGAAGCUGACGGAAAUAAUUUUCCUCAAUGAUGUGAUCAAAAAGGUGGGUUGCCCUUUAAUUUUAUGUUUGUGGUUAAAGUAGGUAUGGAUUGUGCUUCUUAACAGUGCUUUUUAGAAUGCCGUCCUAAAUUCAUAUGCUUUAGCUUUUGAAUUUGUAGUAAAAUGCAUGGCUAGGGUCCGUAGGAGACACCUUAUUUUAGGUCCCCUUCAAACUCUGUGAGUGCCUGAGUUUUGUUGCAUUCUUAUUCUAAGCAUAUAUACCUGAGGUUGGUCUGGGCCUGGGGUUGCCAUAAAGUUCCUGACCUCUUAGCUCCUUUCCUACCAUGCAAAUCUCCUAUCCCUUCUGCUUAUAGCUAUGGUGUAAUGUUAUGUCUGCAUCAGGCAUCCUUAAAGAGCUUGUGGCUGGGGCACGGAUUGAACCAGGCUCUUCCAGAACCACCAAAAUCACAAAGUUGUGGGUUGUUUUUUUUACACAGGAGUAAAACACAGCUGAGACUAGGGACAAAGCCAUUUCUCAGCCCCAGAGAAUUCUUUUUUUGGGCAACCUUGCAGGGGUUAGGGUGCAAUAUGUUCCUAAUCAAAGAUCUUAACUGCAGCUAAAAUACAUUUGAUCUGGUAAAAGUUCUUAGUUCUCAGAUCUUGAGUUCACAUCUGGAAGUCCAUAUUCGGAAUUGCUCAGAAAUGGUUACUACUCUCGUUAUUUUUGUUCUUUCCUUGUUUUGCAAUAAAACUUUGUGAAAGAAAUUUGAUUUGUGAUUCUCAUAAGAACACCGUUACCUCCUUGCAGAACUUGCCGAAUGUUCCCUAGAACUAUGGAGUUGCUUUUGUUGAAAUUUCCUUUCUUGAAUUGGCUGUUUUGUUGUUGGGCAGCAUAGAAUAUCAGGAGCCAAAACUCAGAUGAUAAUGGAGGACUGGGACUUCCUGCAGCUGCAGUGCGCUCUGUACAUCAAUAGUGAACUCUCUGGCAUUCCUCUCAACAUGGCACCCAAGAAGUGGACACGAGGCUUUGUUCAAAGACUGAAGGGAAAGCAAGGUAGGUGUUUCAGCAUAAUCUCUGGCUCCUGCUGCUAUCACAUUUGAAUAUGUGAAGUCCCCUUAAGUCAUGUCCAUCUAGCCUCAGUAUUGGCUAGUCUGACAGAAGUUCUUUCUGGAGUCUGGUAGCGGAACCUUUUCCAAACGCUGUUCAGGUUUACAUUUAUUUCUUGGAUUUUUGUCUUGCUUCCAAAAGCAGUUUUUAGGGGGAAGUAAUGAGAGCAAACUCAUUUGUGUGUUGAGCUCCAUUACCAAUUGCUGAAAGUGGGAUAUAGACUAUCCCUCUGGGGUCAUGUAUCGCAAACGGUUCAGUUAUAUCGUAAUGGUCAAUAUGGGCUUUGUAGCUUUUGUGUGUUGGACUUGCCAGGCAGACUCUGCAGCUGAUUGUCAAGGAGCUUGGCAAUGGGCUACUAGUGUAUUUGUGCAUAUUAACACUUGCUAGUGAGUUUUAACCCUUUUAUUUCCUGAUACAAUUGGUAAAUCGAAAUGAGCACAGUUGAAUCUGCUAUAUUUUGUGCAGUGGAGGCUGCUGUGCAUUAUACCUAAUGUCCUCCAUGGUAUUCCCCCACCUUAAAUUCACACCCUUCCUGUACCAAUACAUCUCUGCCUAUGCCCUUAAAUCUUCAGCUCAAUCCUUAGUCAUCCAAAAGUCUUCUACUUGCUAGCUUAGGUAACUCCACCUUUGUUAUCCGUUAUACCUAUGUAAAACUCUCUUCUAAGAACAUCUGCACAACAACACUUCUCUCUCUCUCGUCCUUCAAAUACCUUCUUAAAAUUCACUUUCUCCAUGAAGCCUGUGGUUUAACCCUCUUGCCAUCAUCACUUACUGAAAAGGAGCUUAAAUAUGUUCAACAGAAUUGAAUGCAUAUUCUCCUACUUCCUUCGUCCCCAGCUACCCCAUUGCUUAUUCCUGGGUUACAUUUUCAGACUCUAUCCUCCUUGCAGCAGGAACAUAUUGUUUUGUUUUUUAAACUGCAUAAAGCACUCUGUACAUUGAUAACACCAAAUAACAAUAAUAAAGAAUAAUAACUUUAGUUUAUUUACUCUGUGGAAGAUCAGAGGUUUUUUUUUCCUUGACCAGCUUCAACUUUCUCUCUUUUCUCUCCUCCCUCCACUUCCUUUUAGGUCGGUUUAGAGGAAACUUGUCUGGAAAGCGAGUGGACUUCUCGGGCAGAACAGUGAUCUCACCUGACCCAAACCUGCGCAUUGAUGAAGUGGCUGUGCCUGUUCAUGUUGCAAAAAUACUAACAUUUCCUGAGAAGGUAAUUGGGAGAAAAUGAAAUAUUCUGUUGUGUGGUGCAGUCCCUUGCUGCCGUAGCUUUCAGAGUGUCUGCACAUGAUUCUAUCAAGAUCAGAUCUCAAGCUUUGUUUGAAUCACCAAGUGGAAUUAAAUACCCUUUUGACUUAGGCUGUACUUGGGAAAGAGAUGGAUGUCAGACUUGCUCCUGGUAUCAUUCCAUGUAAAGGACAGGCCAGGUCCUGUUGAUAGAAAUUUAGCUGUAGAAUCAUAGAAUCAUAGAGUUGGAAGAGACCACAAGGGCCAUCGAGUCCAACCCCCUGCCAAGCAGGAAACACCAUCAGAGCACUCCUGACAUAUGGUUGUCAAGCCUCUGCUUAAAGACCUCCAAAGAAGGAGACUCCACCACACUCCUUGGCAGCAAAUUCUACUGUCGAACAGCUCUUACUGUCAGGAAGUUCUUCCUAAUGUUUAGGUGGAAUCUUCUUUCUUGUAGUUUGGAUCCAUUGCUCCGUGUCCGCUUCUCUGGAGCAGCAGAAAACAACCUUUCUCCCUCCUCUAUGUGACAUCCUUUUAUAUAUUUGAACAUGGCUAUCAUAUCACCCCUUAACCUCCUCUUCUCCAGGCUAAACAUGCCCAGCUCCCUUAGCCGUUCCUCAUAAGGCAUCGUUUCCAGGCCUUUGACCAUUUUGGUUGCCCUCCUCUGGACACGUUCCAGUUUGUCAGUGUCCUUCUUGAACUGUGGUGCCCAGAACUGGACACAGUACUGGACACAGCUGUAUGUUGUCUGUUCCUUAAAUUCAGAAGCUACAGUGGUACCUCGAGUUUCAGACACUUCAGGUUACAGACGCUUCAGGUUACAGACUCCGCUAACCCAGAAAUAGAACCUUGGGUUAAGAACUUUGCUUCAGGAUGAGAACAGAAAUUGCGGCACGGCGGCAGUGGGCGGCCCCAUUAGCUAAAGUGGUACCUCAGGUUAAGAACAGUUUCAGGUCAAAAACGGACUUCCAGAACGAAUUAAGUUCUUAACCUGAGGUACCACUGUAAUCUGGUAUCUUCACAAUAGCAUUCCCCCCUGCUCCUUGCACUCUUGCCAAGCUGAAAGGUCAUUUAGUAUGUAUAUUUUUAUAGAUGACAUCUAAUAAUCUUGAAAAGAGUUGUAGAAUGUGCACAAGAAUAGGGUUAACUCAAACAUGGAACUUAGCAAGUCCUCUAGUGCUAAAAUUCCAGAAGUGUCUCCUUCUGUUUUCAAAAUGCCUUGAAGAGACCACCAAGCGGAAGAUGAGAACAGAGGAAUCUUGUCAGUUGUGUGAUGUAAAGGGAUAUCCCAGGGUAUUGGGGUAUUAUCUCUGUGUCAGGGAACUGCCAUCAGUGCCGGAGGGAGAGAGCAAAAUCCAGAGGGAUUCCAGAGAGCGUCCCGGGAUUGGGAGAGGCAGCCCAUCUUCUGGGGAAGAGAAUCAGCGUAGCACCAGUGGAGAAGGGGGGCAGAUGGGGGAAGCGGCGAGGCGGUCCCAUGACUCCUUGCCGGGGACCAGCGGAGAGAGUAGAGGUCCUUCGCUGCCUACGCCCUCCUUGCACAGAAGGCUUUCGCGCAGAGAGAGUAGGAGGAGACUAGGCGUCAAAGAGCUUCUUUGCUGGAAGAAGUUUAAGAAACGCCCACUGACGGAUUCUACCAGCGAUUGAGACAGCCACGGUUGAGUGGCUGUCCGGACAGAAAAGGUUCACGCAGGCAACCCAGCCAGGUGUUUGCACCGGCUUACGCACAAGCAACCCCUAGAACCACUACACUCGGUUACAAAAGAGUGACAGGCAUUUAAAAUAACAGCAAGAAAAUGCUAUCUUGACUUAACUCUUGAUCGUUUAAUAUGUUGCUGUUUGUGCUGUCUAGAAUAUAAUACAGAGAAAAUCACAUAACUAUGAUUUACCCAGGGCAGCAAAAAUUAUUGGCAAAGCUCUGCACAAGAAUUGUGCGAGUUUUCGCUUUUAACUCGAGCAUUCCUAUUACAGGUGAAUAAAGCUAACAUCGACUUUAUGAGGAAACUUGUUCGGAAUGGUCCAGAGCUUCAUCCGGGUGCCAACUUCAUUCAGCAGAGGCACACACAGAUGAAAAGGUGCGGCCUUGUAUCUGAAAUAGACUCAUUUUAUUUGAAAGUCAUUUAAUUUGAAAGUUUAGUGCUUGUUUUGAACAUACUGAGAGGCUAUCUGGAUUUUUUUCUUUCCCCUCUUUUCAGUUUCAAUGAUUCUUGCCUAAGAUGCUAGUCUUGUUUGUGUAAACAUUCAAAAUUUGUUCCUUAUACAAUUCACUAAGUGCUUGCCUUAAAAAGCAGUAGCACAUCUGGUGGGCAAAACUUAAUUUUGAUCCGGUUGCUUCUCCCUGCUCUUCUCCCAGACCUUCUCCCUGCUCUUCUCCCAUGAACUGCUGAUAAUCAUAAUUACUAGGAGUAGGGCCUGCAGCCUUUCAGUGGGUAGGUGAAGUGAUUAAAAACACUGAACUAAAAAGGCACAAAGGAACACACCCCAAGUUAACUGAGCAACAUAGGUUCAUAAGUCAAGAAUUGUAUAAUGUGAGUCCUUAUAAAACUGCAGGUAGCAAGUGCUGUCUUAAGAGAUAUUCCUUCUCACACAAGAGGGAAUGCCCUUUCUGAGAGUGCACAUGUAUGCGUUGCAGUAGGCAGCAUCUAAAAAUGGAUGCUUUCCCCCCUUCCAAAAUCUAUAUUCAUACAUGUGUCUUAAGCAUUCUUUAAUGAUGAUAACUUUCGUAAAUUGUUGGUGUUUUCUGCGUCUGUUUGCACAAGUAUAUUCUCACCCUCCCUCUAACUUUAAAAAGUUACCUUCAUUGUUGUAAAAUGGUACGGAAAAGCUUUCAGCUGUGAUUUCCUUUCUUAUCACUGAGGAAGCUCAGCAGUCCUGUGGAAGAACAGCUGUAUAACUGGAAAACAAUCAUUUCCUCUAAGACUGAUUAUUUCUUAUGAUAGAUUUCCUUUUUUCUCUCUCCCCCUCCCUCCCCCCAGGUUUUUGAAAUAUGGAAACCGUGAGAAGAUGGCUCAGGAACUGAAGUAUGGGGACAUUGUGGAGAGACACCUCAUAGAUGGUGAUAUAGUCCUGUUCAAUCGACAACCCUCUUUGCACAAGCUCAGCAUCAUGGCUCAUAUAGUAAGCAUAGCAACUUACUGCUGUGGUUCCCUGGGGCGUAUUUAUUUUUAUUACCAUUCAUCAUCAUAAUUGGUCACCUAACACAUACAUUCAUUAGUUCUUAAGGCUUUCACGCAAGAGUAUUAUUCUUCUGUGAGAGAAAAGGAGCACGAUCACUGAUUUCUGCCUGCCAGGCUUCGGGCGUGAUCUGUGUGAUUUUUACAUGAUCCAGAUAGUACAUGUUGCCUGCUACCUUCUCCAACUUGAGUAGCUAUUCCACAGCUUCUGUAAUUUCAUCUGUGUGGUAUGGCUACCAUUGCCCCAGAUCCAAGCUAAGUAGAACAUUAUUCAAGUCAGAUAAGGAAAUGAUCAUGAUUUGGCUGCCAUUGAGAGAUUCAGAGGGCAACAACGUGGGAACAGGCCUUUUCUGUGGUGGCUCCCCAUCUGGAAUGCUCUCCCCAGAAAGGCUCACCUAGCGCCAUCAUUACAUGUCUUUAGGCUCCAGGUGAAAACACUCUUAUUACCCAGUCCUUUGGCCAUUAAAUAAUCUAUGGCCUGUUAGAUUUGGGGGGGGGCUGUUAUGAUUAUUUUAUUAUUAUGUUGUGUGUUAUGUUCUUAAUAUUGCACACUGCCUUGGGAUUUUGACUAAAUAAAUAAAAUAACCCUAGGAUCUUCUCCAUUUUGCAGGAGAAGAGUUGUCAUUCACAGAGGAGUUCCUUCUGUGAUCACACCUCUCUCUCUGGACCAUGUUAGCCAGUUAAACUGAAAUUAUGUAAAAGCAAAAGCACAAUUUUUUUCAAGCAUUUUCCAAAUACUGUUGAUACGUUCUGAAUUCUUUGUAUGUUUUACACAGUAUUUUUUUCUUCUGAUAUGUUUUUUUCAGGCUAGAGUAAAACCGCACCGGACUUUCAGAUUUAAUGAAUGUGUCUGUACACCAUACAAUGCUGACUUUGAUGGUGAUGAGAUGAAUCUUCAUCUUCCUCAAACCGAAGAAGCCAAAGCAGAAGCCCUUGUUCUGAUGGGGGUAAGCAAAGUACUAUUACAUACUAUUGCCUGUUGAGAUGGGGCAGGUUCACUGCCCGCUGCCUGAUUUCUUUUACUAGUUGAAACCUUUUAAGAACUGCACAAAGUCUGCAUUUUGCUAACUGCUUUCCUUCAUGCUUCCACUUUGUGAGGAAGGGGAAGGAGUCGGAGAUAAGUACAGAGGAAAGUUACUUAAAAGAAAACAGGGCAGAGAAACUGCUGAGGGCCAGAUUUAGCCUGUGGGCCACAUUUUGGCCCCAUGCCUUUUGUAGAACAAUCUUGUCAGGAUGGAAUCAUGUCUACACUGACUAGGCAGUAAAGCCCUAUCAAACCCUAAACAGAUUUAUUGCAUUAAGAAAAUGCACUGGAAUAUAACGUGUGUUUAUAUAUGUCACAGAGAAGAGUAGAAAGAUCUUGUAGUACUAUGAUCAUGUACAUAAUAAGAGUUUUUGAAAUAUUGUGCCAUGUUUCCCUAGUUAAUAUAUCUUCCUUCAUCUAGACUAAAGCAAACUUGGUAACACCAAGAAAUGGAGAGCCCCUUAUUGCUGCAAUUCAGGAUUUCCUUACAGGUCUGUAUUUGAAGUCAAAUAUGCGUUUACCUGUGUUAUGAGACACUCAUUUGUUUUCAAGACCUCUUAGAUCUUCCUUGCUCAUGCGUGAUAGAAUAAUACCUCCUUGCAAAAAAAAAAGAAUUAUUACCAUGGUGUCAUUGAUAUGGUGGUGCCUCUUCUGAAGAGGACUUUCCCUGCUGGGCAUGCCACAGAGAUGCAUGGGUGUAGAGGUGACCAACAAUCUGCAAAGGAGGGUUCUAUAUGGGCUGCAGGAUUGCAUCAGUAUUGGAACUUCUUUACUGAAGACCUGGGCCUAAGUGUGGCCACUGCUGAGAUAUUCUUAAUCUUUGCCUUGUUGUCUCUAGGAUGUGUACAAGGAGAGCCAUGUGGUAAAAUAUUUGCCUUCAUUGUUCUCUUUUUAAAUACCUUUUGGUCUUUCUAGCGUCCAAAAUGCAACCUGCAUGAAAUUUAUUUAUUUAUAUUAAUACAGAUAAUUAAGAUGCAUUUUUCUUUCACGCCACUGCAGUUCCAUGUGAUCUGAUUACGUUUAAAUGUAUUGCCAGUAUAGUGUAGCUUACUCAAUGCCCUUUCUAGCUGAUCCUCUUAUACGGAAGUGUUUGCGUUUUGUUCUGUAUUUCCCAUUUUAGGGGCUUACCUCCUCACCCUCAAGGACACUUUCUUCGAUCGAGCUAAAGCUUGUCAGAUUAUCGCUUCUAUUCUGGUUGGCAAGGAUGAGAAAAUAAAAGUUCGCCUCCCACCGCCAGCAAUUCUCAAGGUAUGGAACGUCUUGGAGAAAGAGUGCGCACUUGAGUUUAGUCAGUAAUAAAUUGGUGAGGUUCUUUUGCCUGGACGUGGAGCGGGUCUCCCUGGUGUUGUUGUAUCAAAAGGCAAGCUCUGAGGCAGGGCAAGAGGCCUUUCUGGAGGGUGGCAAAGUCUCAAACUGGACAAUAGCUGAACACAUUUGUCUCCCCUGUGACGCUAAAUGUGUUGCACUGCAGUUAAUAUACCAUGUUGGGUUUCAAAAAUGAAUGUUCCCAUCGCUGUUGCAGAUAAAAAUUUCCGUUGACUUCAGCUGAGCACACGCUGCUUCAGUUAUCGAUGUAAUUCUUACUGGCAAAAGGAUAACCAUAAGGGUUUCCCCAUUAAACGAACCAUCUCUGCAGUGCUUGGUUGCAAAUUCUGAUUACAAAGAGACGGGUCUUCUUCCAUUUGGUGGAAGGGAGCAGACAUAUUUGUGUGGCUGUAUCUUUUGACCUCUGCCUCAUGGAUUGAAUAAAGGGCAGGUUUUAAUCUGUGAUUAAAGCUUCAGUUGAUUGGUUUAAUCAAUUUAAUUGGUAGAGAUUGAAACCGUGGCACCAUCCCAUUGCUUAGAAUCAUAGAAUUGAAGAACUGGAAAGGCACCACGAAGGUCAUCUAUCCCAACCCACUGCAGGGCAGGAAUCUUUUGCCCAACGUGGGGUUCGAACCCACGACCCUGCGAUUAAGAGUCUCGUCCUCUACCAGCUGAGCUACAUGUUGCUCCUUGACCUGGAAUAGUUGAAAAGAAGUGGAAGAGUGGUUUGGAGUCCUAAAGUAUAAUGUUUUUGCAUGUUCUAGUUCUAUAACUUUAGUGGAAGCUCUUCUGCUUGUCUUCAUAAUCCUUUGUCCUCUUCCAGCCUGUAACCCUGUGGACAGGAAAGCAGGUCUUCGGUAUCAUUCUGAAGCCUAGUGACAGUUGUCCUGUCAAAGCCAACCUUCGAACCAAGGGCAAGCAGUAUUGUGGCAAGGGAGAAGACUUGUGCAGCAACGAUUCCUGUAAGUGGAGGUAGUGGGGAAGCCUGAGACUUGGCAACUGUAACUUAUGACAUACUUACUGGCCACUGGGUUUAUUGGAGAUUUGUGCUUUCUUCUUCUUCUUCAAAUAUUAUUAUUAUUAUUAUUUGUACCCCGCCCUCCCCAGCCAAGACCAGGCGCAGGGCGGCUAACAACCAAUAAUUAAAACAAGUUGAUUAAAAUACAAUUUAAAAAGAUUAAAAUACAACAUUAAAACAUUAGGAUGCAGCCUCUUCACAGGAGGAGAAAUGAAAAAUAAGGGGGGGGGGGUCAAACUGAUUCUAAGCCAAAGGCCAGGUGGAACAAUUCUGUCUUACAGGCCCUGCGGAAAAAAUCAGAUCCCGCAGGGCCCUGGUCUCAUGAGACAGAGCAUUCCACCAGGCCGGAGCCAGUGUUGAGAAGGCCCUGGCUCUGGUUGAGGCUAAUCUAACUUCCUUAGGGCCUGGGACCUCUAGGGUGUUGCUAUUUAUGGAUCUUAAGGUCCUCCGUGGGGCAUACCAGGAGAGGCGGUCCCGUAGGUACGAGGGUCCUAGGCCAUGAAGGGCUUUAAAGGUCAAAACCAGCACCUUAAAUCUGACCCUGUACUCCACCGGGAGCCAGUGCAGCUGGAAAAGCACUGGGUGAAUAUGCUCCCAUGGCAGAGACCCUGUGAGGAGCCUCGCUGCAGCAUUCUGCACCCGCUGGAGUUUCUGGGACAGCUUCAAGGGCAGUAGAGCGAAUUACAGUAGUCAACCCUGGAGGUGACCGAAAAUACUUUUCAGAUUUAUACAUUUCACUGAUUUUACUAUCAUUUUGACAUUUCAAAACUUGACUUCCUUCUCCCUGUUUCUGCGAUUCCUUAAAUUUAUUUAAUAUCUCCUGCAUAUCCAAAUUAACUUAACUUGCUCAUUUAUUCAUCUUCUUUAAAUAUAUAUUGUUAUGAAACUGCAGGUUAUUACAAUAAUCCUGCCAGUGUUUUUAACUGUUUACAAUUUAUCUGUAAAUAUUCAGUAAACCAUUUCCAUUCUUUUAUAAAAAGUUUGUUAUCUUGAUUUCUUAUUCUUCUGGUAAGUUUCACCAUUUUUGCAUAUUCCAUAAGUUUUUGUUUCCAUUCUUCCUUUGCUGGGCCUUCUGCUUCUUUCCAUUUUGGGGCAAGUAACAUUCUUGCCACUGUAGUCGCAUACAUGACUAAAUUUCUAUACAGUUUGGGUAGUAUAGAAUUCCCAAAAUUCCCAAGAGAAAAGCUUCUGGGUUGUUUUUUUACAAACGUUAUUUUAAACAUCCUUUUCCUUUCAUUGUAUGUCAUUUCCCAGUAAGCCUUAACCUUACCACAAGACCACCACAUAUGAUAAGAAAAAAGAAAGAAGAAUUGUGCUUUUAAGGUAGCAAGUGAUAGUGUAUCUUCCAAGGACCUUUUAAAAUUAUUAUUUUAUUCGGGACAGGUGAGAUGUUUUCAGCAGACCAAAGAAAGUAACUUUGUGUUCAUAACACAACUUAAGGAAUUCGCUGGCUGAUAGAGGAAAAUGGAUCGAACUCUUUCUGUACCACAUCAGUUUCCAAGUGUUCACAAGCCUCUGCAGUUUUGGUUUCUGCAGUUAAAAAAAGAGAGAAUAAUUUGCACCAAAGUGGCUCCCAUACAUGGUGGACGAAUGGGCCUCAAGUGGUACACGUCUCUUUUGAUCUGCCUUGAAGCAUCUGCAACUAGAAAAGAAAUUAGUUGAGAUCUGUCAUUUCUAAGGAAAAUUAUCACUGUUUGGCAAGUGCAGUGCAGGUGGUUCCUUUCAUAGGAGCUGAACAUUGGGCAAAAUUGAACAAUCUGACUUUGUGGGGAGGGUUGUUUUUAUUUCUGAAACUAACUUAACCUCAGACCAUUGUUCUAGUUGAAAUCAAACUGUUAAACGAUCCCUAGAUUAUUUUUGGAAUGAGAACAAUGUUUAUGAGGUUAACUCGAUUUGGACAAAUGCUUGCAGCAUGUUCUACAAAGAGAGGUUUACUUCGUUGGCCUUUUGUUGUAGAAAAUACUGCUUAGACUCGCUUUGAAAGUCUUCUUGCUGCCCAAAAGCAGAUGUUCCCAAGGAAGGUGUGGACGCCCGCAGCUCAAUAUUGUUUGUGGCUGAACCAGAAAGUCCUUUGGAGGAUGCGAUAGACCCCAGGCGAAAAUGCACAUCCAUCUUAUAGGUGCAUGUUGAAUGAAGAGACAGUCCUGCUUGUCUUGUCUAUUAAAUUAGCAAAGCUAGCUUUAGCUUUGCAGCCCUUGACAUGUCAGAGUAAGAAAAGGAAUCCCCUUGUUUGAGAAUUAUAGCUCCCAUACAGAAAGCCAGGCUCUUGUUUGACUGUGCUCAGUUAUGUCUCUUUCCUUGUUUCAGUUUCUGGAUUUAUUCUUGUAACUAGUUUUAAUUGUAAGAGGUCCCAUGACCUUCGUGGUUGAGAAUUUGUGUUUGUUUAUAUGCCCUGGUGGCCUUAAACUGUUACAAAAUAUGAAAUGACUGAAAUAUGCUUGGAUUCUACCACCCACCCUCCCCGCCUUACAACUUGAGUUCUCAGCGUUUCUGCAUCUACCGUAUAGGUUUCUGGGUGUGUUAAAGCAGUGUUUUUCCCAUUUGCAAACCAGGAACUACAACCAGGUAAUGCCCUAAUGUACACUGGGUUGCAUAAGUAGCCCUGCCACCAUUAUUUUGAGAAGAGUUUCUUUAAGAGAAGGGAUGAGAUGUUGCCAUGUUGGGGCUAAAAGUGGUCAUGAGUCUGAAAAAGCUGAAAACGGGAAGCUUAGGUUGACAAGCUUCUGACUUUUUUUUCCAGACGUUGCAAUCCACAAUAGUGAGUUGAUGGCUGGCAGCAUGGACAAAGGAACUUUAGGGUCUGGAUCCAAGAAUAAUAUCUUCUACAUUUUGCUGAGAGAUUGGGGACAAGUGGAGGCAGCUGAUGCGAUGUCACGGCUAGCCAGACUUGCUCCUGUCUACCUCUGUAAGUACCUUGAAAAGUGGCUUUCUGGUAAUUUCAUUCGUUUUUAUUGCACUGUGUUUCUAUCCCUCACUCCUUCUGUUAUGCCUAUUGGUGUGGUUGCUUGAGAGCGAUCAGGCAAGAUCCCUCACUGGUCUUUUCAAAGGCUUUAUUAUUGGUGCAAAAACAUUUACCAAUGCAGAACGUCUCUAUUCCAUGUCUUGCUCAAUCACUAGCAGAAUCUGAGAGUGGGCGGUCCUUAAACUUUCCCCAGCAGAGUAGUUUCUUGACCCCCAGCCGACACGGACCUCCCUCCUCCCCGCUUUGCUCAGGCAAGGUGUCCUGGCACUGCCUUGCAUCCUCCGAGCCCUGCAGCUCUUCCCCACUAGAGGCGGGGCUUCCUUCCUCCGCUGAGGAAGUGCUGCUUCCCACGAUUUUUGGAGGCUCUCUGUAAUCCAUCUGCCCUUCCCCCUCUCGCCUCUGAGCCGAUGGCAGUUCCCCGACACCUUCCAAAGAGCUUGGGGCAAUGUGAUGCACAGUUCUGUUUAUCUAUCCUCACGACAACCCAGAGAGGAAGAUUAGCUGAGAAAUAUUGACUGAGCUAUCCUCUGAGUUUUAUGCCUGAAUGAGGAACUGAACCCAGAUCGUCCUAAUUUUGACACUGUAACCAGUAUACCACAAUAGUUCUAAUAAGACCCUCCACAGCUGACACUUCCUAGUCAAAACUGGAGUCAAUACUAAGGUCUGGAAUUUGUGUCUCCCUCUUCACUGAAUUCACUGGGAUCAUGGCAUGGUGGAGCUUAGGGUUGGAUAACUUUUUUUAAAAGAGUCAUUAAACUGCACAGACAUUGUACAAAGAAGGUAGUUGCUGUUCGUCCCUAGUGAUGCCACAGGCGCAUUCCAAUAGAUGCCACUUGUUUAGGGAAGAAUUGUGACACACACACACACCCCAGUGACAAGAUAAUCAAAUUUGAGUGCAGGAAAAGUACUGGCUUUGUAACAACAAAAAUUGCCUGGGUCUUGUGCAGUGAGCACAUAAGCCAUAACCAUGCCUAUCAAUUUAUUCUCUGGAAAGGCCCAAAGAGAACACACAAUGUCAAAAUGUACCACAAGCCAGCAAGACUAUCUACUAAAAAUGCUACACUUUUAAAGCUAGUUCUGCUAGCUUUAGGAAAGUCUAAAUAUAUCUUGCAUUGAUAAGAAGUUUAAACCCUGAGUUCAAAAGUAACCUCGGUUAAAAUUCUCUGUGUGGCACUCAGUGAGCUGAUGUGUACAUUUGGCUGUUGUUUCCAAACACUUAGCUAAUCGAGGAUUUUCCAUUGGAAUUGGUGAUGUGACUCCAGGACAGGGGCUGCUGAAGGCAAAGUAUGAACUUCUGAAUGCUGGGUACAAGAAAUGUGAUGAAUAUAUUGACGCUUUGAAGACUGGCAAACUGCAGCAGCAACCUGGCUGUACAGCAGAAGAGACAUUAGAGGUGAGUUGUAUACCAUCUGAUAGAGAAUUACUCAUUCUUAGUAAUGAAUCGGAAGUCGUGUUGUGUGCUGUUUGCUGAUUUACCCUCUCAAGGGUGAAGCAUAACUAUUAAGAUUCUGAUUCAGCAAACUGAUUUGCUGUGAUUUGGCCAAACACUCCCAAAAUGUGAAGACGGGCCACAUUUCAAGUGGCCAAAUCACAGUAAAUCAAUUUGCUGAAUCAGAAUCUUAAUCUUCCCAAGGUUGUACCUAGGGAAAGAUUGAGGACUUCAGGUUUCUGCACCCUCCUUUUCCCUGAUUGCCACUUAUUCUUCUCGCUUCACCAUCGGUGAACCCUCCUAUCUCCUGACGGUUGAAUAUAGGGUUCCCCCUACCCAGGAAACAGGCACCUCCCAACAGCAAUAAGUGCAGGAAAAAGAAAGAGGCAGUUUCUGGCCUCCCUGAAUUCUGGGUCUUCUGAAGCACCAAAGGGGCCAGGCUAGGACAAACCCCCACAGAAAGCCAGCAUCUUCGUCAAUUUGACAAAAUUCUUGGCCGUGCCUCUGUUGUUGCAAUGAUCAGCCUACAGACUUCUUUCCUUUGGGAUACUUUGCUUUUUCUUGGUCGUUAGAAUUUGCUAAGAUGCAACAACCUCUUUAGGUGAAUUCUUGAAAUGGUCAGCUUAUUAAUUGUAAGUCUCCUCCCAGGCGCUGAUUCUAAAAGAGCUGUCUGUGAUCAGAGACCAUGCUGGCAGUGCCUGCCUUCGAGAACUAGACAAGAGUAACAGCCCCCUCGUCAUGGCUCUUUGUGGUUCCAAAGGUAAGCUCACAAGGACUUUAGAAAACAAAUGGCUGCUGCCCACUCAUUCUUCUUUUUCUGUUGCCAAUAAAUAAAGAAGGCAGCAAAAGGUUAUGGUUGCGGUUCAGACAACACUUGGAUCUGGAACAGGAAGCACAGGUUUAGAUGUAAUUCCAAGUGCAUGGAGAUGGUCUUUGAACCUGAGACAGCCCAUAUGACCAGCAUCUAUUUGAAUCUGAGUUGCAUUGCCUGUUGGUGCACAGUUAGCAACCAAAGAUCAGUGGUGUGGGCAAAGAUCAUACUAGCAUGCCAAUGUUAUGCAUUGUGGAGGCUGGCUUAAAUGGCAUGCUAGCAGCGUGAAACACUGCACAGGUAAGUUUUGCUUCUGGUUUUUACAUGGCAGCACCACAUUUUAAAUCGGAAACUUUCCCACGUCAUUUCUGUACCUCCUACAUAGCACAGUUGCUUAAAGACGAAGCAGCUGCAUCUUAAUUUUGCGUUCAGUUGUUUACUCUCUGUCCAACUCUAGAUAGAUUGUUCUUAAUUCAUUGGGCUGUCAUGUAUGAGUGGGAAUUUUGUCUGCCUUUUUUGCCCAUGCAACAUUGCAAACUGGUUCUCCAGCUCUGGUUGAACUGGCAUGUUGAGUGCCAGCCCUUCCUAUGAGGGUGCAAUCAAACCAAAUACUCCCCGUUGGCAUUCUGAUAGGAUAAGAAUUCCAUUUUGGGCACUUCGUGUGUGUUUUUUAAAAAAAGGUAAUGAGUACUAAAGCUUUUUGCACAGAUCUACAUUAAAUGCAAGCCCAAAGUGAUUCAUAAAUAAUGGGGCACUUCUACAGUGGGUUGUAUCCAGUGCUGCCACUUCAAUUGUGCCACAGAAAUUUUGCACUCUCUCCUGCACACCCUCAUAAUCUGCUCCAGAUUUUGAAAAUGUGCACGCACCUUCUCUUUUAUUUCUUUUACUAGUUUUGGUUUAGAUUAGUUUGUCUUUUUUGUUGUAAUGUGAAAAGUUUUAAAAAAACUUUAUUUUUUGAAAAAGCGAAUUUGCACAUACAAGUAAAGUAGAGUGGGGCAGACCUCCAUCACAGUAUGCUGCUUUGGAACAUAAGGCAAGAUGUGACCUACCUCUUUCUUUGCGGCGUUGUCUUUUUAGGCUCCUUCAUUAACAUCUCCCAGAUGAUUGCUUGCGUAGGACAGCAGGCUAUCAGUGGCUCACGCGUGCCUGACGGCUUUGAGAACCGAUCCUUGCCUCAUUUUAAGAAACAUUCCAAGGUGACUAGCAUUGCGGGACCUAAAUGACCUUAUGAAAUGGGGAGGUGUGGGUUUGAAUACUAAAUGAAGGCGGAAUUUCUAGUGCGAUGUAAUGUCUGAGCGGUUCAAAUCUUGACUGCUGCGAACUCACAGACUAGUUGGCCUUGAGAAAACCUCCCUCUCUGCUCCCCCACUCCUCCUUGCACUUUCAGGAUAAUAUAAAUGACCUACCCCAUAGGGUUGCUACAAGGACCAAGACCUGAAAUAAUUUGCUCUUAAUUCAAUUGAACAAGCUGAGUCGUUUGCUUUAGACCACUGGAGUUUAACUCCAUAAGGAUGUAACAGUUCCAGUGGGCAACUUGCCCAGAUAUUGGUCUCUUCUCCCUCUCGCUCCUCUUGCUUCUCCCCAGCCGCCAGUUGGCAGGCAUCAAAUUUAGAGCAUUCUCCUCCUCUGUGUUGCCUAUUACAGCUAGUUCUCUUUCCCACUCCCUGGGAAGCAGAGAGGCCUGUGGCUUCUUGUACUGGAAUUGGAAUCCCCUAGAGCCAACCGGGAAUUGGUGAACUAAAAGCAAGGAAGUUGGGGGGGGUACUGCCAGAUAUUCUGGACUCCAUUCAUCCUUCACUCUUGGCCAUGCUGGCUUGGACCGAUGAGAGCUAGAAUCGAGCAACAUCUGGAGGGCCAUCAGUUCUCCACCCUUGGUGUAAGGAGUAAAUACAGGACGUAAAUGUUGGGAAUCGGCCUGUGGCGAAGGAAUUCCAAGAAGUUUAGCAAUCACGCUGGAUCGUUGCUAUGGAAAGCAAUUCUGUGAACAACUGUUAACCUGUAGGAAAUAUUUUGGUAAGAGUGGAGCUUUUACUAUAGGAUAUUUUACUGUGUGCAAAAGGGCCACCCCUCCAUCCUUUCUUGACCUCGCUGGCACUCCUAGGAGAUGAGUUCUCACAUUUUCUAGAGCUGAUAAUUUCAUCUGUUCAUGCAGCACUUCUUGAAGAGGUACAGAUAACAGCUGUAAAGAUAAUAGCUAUAUUAUCGUAACUGUAAUACUGUAUUUUUCUAUGUAUAAGAUUUUUUUGUUUUUGUUUUUUGCUUAAAAACAUUAGUCAAAAAUUGGAGGUCGUCUUAUACACAGAUGGUGAAUGCACAGGGGUUUGGGCUCUGGUGCGGGUGGUUCUGGCUCUAGCCCAAUUUUUUAAUUUUGUAUUUAAAAAAAUAAGGUAAAAGGGUAAAAGACCCCUGGACAGUUAAGUCCAGUCAAAGGCGACUAUGGGGUUGUGGCGCUCAUCUCGCUUCAGGGCAAGGGAGCCAGGCGUUUGUCCACAGACAGCUUUCCGGGAAAUGCGAGACCAUAUAACACCUGUCUUGAAAGACCUACAUUGGCUCCCAGUACGUUUCUGAGCACAAUUCAAAGUGUUGGUGCUGACCUUUAAAGCCCUAAAUGGCCUCAGUCCAGUAUAUCUAAAGGAGCGUCUCCACCCCCAUCGUUCUAGCCGGACACUGAGGUCCAGGACUGAGGGCCUUCUGGCAGUUCCCUCACUACAAGAAGCCAAGUUAAGGGAACCAGGCAGAGGGCCUUCUCGGUAGUGGCACCUGCCCUAUGGAACGCCCUCCCACCAGAUGUCAAAGAGAAAAAUAACUACCAAACUUUUAGAAGACAUCUGAAGGCAGCCCUGUUUAGGGAAGCUUUUAAUGUUUAAUAGGUUAUUGUAUUUUAGUGUUCUAUUGGAAGCUGCCCAGAGUGGCUGGGGAAACCCAGCCAGAUGGGCGGGUAAAAAUAAUAAAUUGUGUUGUUGCUGUUGUUCCGGGUCAUGAGGCCAGCAUGACUAAACCGCUUCUGGCGCAACGGAACACCAUGAUGGAAACCAGAGUGCACGGAAACACCGUUUACCUUCCCUGCUGCAGCAGCACCUAUUUAUCUACUUGCACUGGUAUGCUUUCAAAGUGCCAGGUUGGCAGAAGCUGGGAUAGAGCAACGGGAGCAUACUCUAUCGCAGGGAUUCAAACCACCGACCUUCCGAUGAGCAAGCCCAAGGGGCUCAGUGGUUUAGACCACAACGCCACCCGCAUCUCCCAAAAAAUAGGGGUUGCCUUAUACAUGGAAAAAUACGGUAUAUGAAGUCUGAAAGUGUUAUCAUGGUUUGCAUGUUUGUUUAUUAUAAUUUAUAUAUAAUUAACAAGGCGCUAAAGGUGGCAUGUAUGGUUGCCCAUCUCUCUUUAUUCUUACUGCAACCCUGAGAGGUAGGUUGGAGUGAAAGACAGUGACUGGCCCAACAUCACCCAGGAUGCUUCAUAGUGUGCAACUUGGGUCUCCCCGGUCCUACUUUGAUAUUAUUGACCACUGCACCUCAUUGACUGUGAGUGCAUUUUCUACUGCAGCACAUUUCAGGUCUUUUUCUCCCCUCUUGCAGCUUCCAGCAGCGAAAGGUUUUGUUGCCAACAGCUUCUAUUCUGGCUUGACGCCCACUGAGUUUUUCUUCCACACCAUGGCUGGUCGAGAAGGCCUGGUUGAUACUGCUGUAAAAACAGCUGAAACGGGAUACAUGCAGGUAACUUGGGGAUACUUUCCUAUGGGAGGAGACCAUGUUAGUGUAGCAGAACACUCAUGAGCAAUUCCUAUCCGUUACAUGUAAAGGUUCAUUUUCCUUACCUAAGUCAAGAAAAUAACUAGCAUUCCUCUCCCAGUUUGUGGCCUCAUUCUUCCUCAAGGUUCAAUUAUUAUGAUGAAGAAGGAAUCCUGUAUCUCUAGAAAUGUCUUUACUACAUCUAUAGAAAGAUUCCUAUAUCUGUAGACAUAUAUUGUGAUUGUAGGAAAUUUUGUGGGUCUUCCCUUUAUGUCCGAUUUGUCUUUUUACCAUGAGGGGCAGCCUUGCAAAAACAGCAAACAUUUAUUGCAAGCUGUCUAUAUUCACCAGUGUAGUAACGUGUUCAUGACUAGAAAGAAAGAGACCAGACUCCUUUCAUUUUAUCCAUUUUUUCUGUCUGGUUGCUGCAAAUUCUUUCUAUUUGCAGCUAACCAGCUAAGUAGUCCUUUGGAAACCUAUGAGAGGCUGUUUCAUAUGAGAGGAUUUUUGUCUCAUCAGCUGAAUUCUACGUAGCAAAGGAGCUCAAAACUUCAGAUUAUCCCCCCCCCCCAAAAAAAAACCCAUCAUACUUUUAGAGAGCCAGUGUGGUGUAGUGGUUAAGAGCGGUAGUCUCACAAUCUGGGGAACCAGGUUCGUGUCUCCGCUCCUCCACAUGCAGCUGCUGGGUGACCUUGGGCCAGUCACACUUCUUUGAAGUCUCUCAGCCCCACUCACCUCACAGAGUGUUUGUUGUGGGGGAGGAAGGAAAAGGAGAAUGUUAGCCGCUUUGAGACUCCUUAAAGGGAGUGAAAGGCGGGAUAUCAAAUCCAAACUCCUCCUCUUCUUCUUCUUCUUCUUUAAAAGAUGGCUUGGUCCUGCCUUCAUCCCUUCUACAUCCCUUCAAUGCUUCGAAAUAUGGGAUGGAAUGCAUUUUUUUCAAAUAAUCUGCUUUUUAAAAAUUGAGACUUUGAUAAAGAACAUUUAAUGAGAUUUAUCCAAACCAAACCAGGCAGCAAUACCUCAAUAAUUGUACCAGAGUCCAGAGGAGGGCAACCAAAAUGGUCAAAGGCCUGGAAACGAUGCCUUAUGAGGAACGGCUAAGAGAGCUGGGCAUGUUUAGCCUGGAGAAGAGGAGGUUAAGGGGUGAUAUGAUAGCCAUGUUCAAAUAUAUAAAAGGAUGUCACAUAGAGGAGGGAGAAAGGUUGUUUUCUGCUGCUCCAGAGAAGCGGACACGGAGCAAUGGAUCCAAACUACAAGAAAGAAGAUUCCACCUAAACAUUAGGAAGAACUUCCUGACAGUAAGAGCUGUUCGACAGUGGAAUUUGCUGCCAAGGAGUGUGGUGGAGUCUCCUUCUUUGGAGGUCUUUAAGCAGAGGCUUGACAACCAUAUGUCAGGAGUGCUCUGAUGGGGUUUCCUGCUUGGCAGGGGGUUGGACUCGAUGGCCCUUGUGGUCUCUUCCAACUCUAUGAUUCUAUGAUUCUAUGUACCUUGAAUGCCUUUAAUACAAUAUUAAGUGUUUGAAAUGUUCCCUUAAAAGAUUCAAAUGGAGGGGGACUUUCAGUGUACUGGACUGCAAUGGUUCCUAUUUAUUACACCACGGGUUGUAUUUCCAGACCUGUAAUGACUCUCAAAAUGCAGCACAGUUGCUCAUCCUGCGUUUGGCAGUGUGAAUUGGCCACCUCACCCACAUUUUAGAAGUUUUGUAAACUGCAUUACUAGAUUGGUCCUGAAGGAGUUGUCUUCCCUUGCUUCCCAGAGACGGCUGGUAAAAUCCCUUGAAGAUCUGUGCUCACAGUAUGACCUGACUGUCAGGAGUUCUACCGGUGACAUCAUACAGUUCAUUUAUGGCGGAGAUGGCUUAGAUCCUGCAGCUAUGGAGGGAAAAGAUGAACCUCUGGAGUUCAAGCGUGUCCUGGACAACAUCAGAGUAAGUUUAAAACGGUAUCAAUAAAUGUCAACAUACUACUGUAGCCUUAUUAGACUUUACCGAUUGGUGGGCUCUGCGUUGCUCCCGGACGGGAGGAAGGAAGUCAAAUGACACCAAGGGUUGGUUCAGAGAAAGAGUUCUUUAUUUCUGCUCUCCGGAGCAGCAGAAAGGCACUCGCGUGGUCAGUCCACAGCAAGUCCAAAGAAAUGAGAAAUUUCAUGCAGUGUAUAUAUCCUCCAGGCACCCUCUCCCCCUUCCCCAGGAAUCCAGCCACGUCAGCUUGUACACGCAGGUUGACAUCACAGAUGUUCCUGCUCCAGCACUCUUAACCAUAAACGGGAUUGCCUUCCUGUACUCCUGACCAUAAAAGGGUUUUCCUUCCUACACUCUUAUCUUGGAGCAAGAGGUCACCAACUCCAAGAACACACUCUGGCGCUGUUCCUGGACUCGGUCUGUGCGUCAGAGUGAGGUCAGGACGUAAGACCUAGACAUGUCAUCCCUACUCCACUGGAACAGCCAAGGUCAUUCCUUCACUACAAAGCUUGAAGGAAAUCUUCCUGUUGGAUUUUAGUGAAUGGACCUUCCAGUCCUCGUUUCAGCAUCUACCAAUUAAAUAUGCUACAGAAUUCUUAAUCUUGUAUCUGUUUUCUUUCAUCUGUCUUUGAGCUUGGAUGACUCAGUUGGUUAGAGUGUGGGGCUACUGACGCCAAUGUUGCAGGUUCGAUUCCCUGUGUAGGACAGCUGCAUAUUUCUGCAUUUCAGGGGGUUGAUCCUCAGGUCCCUUCCAGCUGUACAAUUAUAUGAUUCUAAUGGAGACUGGGGAUCUUUGUAAGAAUUGGGCUUUUUGCCCUAAAUGAUAGGAUUUGAUUAAAAAGCGGGAGGAGAGUUGGGCACAUCCAGUUUGAAAGCAUAUUAAAUUGUCUGAAGGAAUUAAAUUGAAAAGGCCCUUGUAAUGUGUCUGUGUACUACUUUGUUGUUUAAGGCAGUGUAUCCAAGCCGAAGUGAGCCAGCACUUAGUAAAAAUGAAUUGGUGUUAACUGCUGAAUCCAUCAUGAAGAAGAACGAAUUCCUUUGCUGCCAGGACAGCUUCCUACAGGUGAGGUCUUUGCGUCGUUUUCUUUUUCACACGAUCAUUAGUCCUUUACAAACUGCUCUCCCCAGAACACAAAGCAGCACGAUUCAGUAAUCUUACCUGUUUUCUGCUUCGGUAGCACCAUCUCAGUUGUUAAAUAGACAGAUUUUGGGUUAAAAUUCAGGUGUUUGUGCUCUGCCUUCUGAGGAAUUGUUUUUAUUUGCCGGUUAGGAACUGAUGAGGUGCCUAAAUAUUCACUUUUAAAGGCAGCACUUUCUUGUAAAUAUGAGCCAGGACUCUGUUGCUUUGAUUUUCCGUGACUGGCAUAAUUAUUGGUUUGCAGUAGCAGGGAUUUGGUUCAGAAAGUACAUUAACGUGUGCUAUCCUAUGACUAGUUUAUUUCAAUAACAGCAAAAUACCUAUUACUUUGUUUUUUUCUUGUUCUUUCUUGAAGGCGUUUACUGAAACAGGUUAUGCAGUGUACAAUGAGGUAAUUGUAGCAUGUGUGUGCACUGUGUAGAACUUUAUAGUGGCGACGCUUCUGGAAUUGAAACUGUUUUGUGUUACUAACCCCCAGUUCAUAUGUUCAUUGGUGCUGGAACUUCCAUCCACCACCUCCCUCUUGCCACCGUUCUUGGACAGCCCUUUGGUUCUACUGCCAACUCCUCAGUUCCCCAACCUUUGGGAUUCUCCCUGCAACACGAGGAUCAAUAAGGCACUGAACACACACCUUCCAUGAACUUUCCUCCUUUCAUUCAGAUCUAGUAAUCCCUCUCCCUGAAUGCUGUUCUACUCUGCACCACCCAAGCCACCUUCCAGAGUCCCGGGGGCUCCCAUCUCACCCUCAAAAGUCCUGCUGUGUCAAGAAAAGUUUUUUGUUGACUACAAGAAGUAACUUCAGAAUACAGUGGUACCUCUGGUUACGAAUUUGAUUUGUUCCAGAGGUCUGUUCUUAAGCUGAAACCGUUCUUAUCAUGAGGCACGCUUUCGCUAAUGGGGCCUCCCGCUGCUGCCAUGCCACCAGUGUUCAACUUCCACUCGCAUCCCAGGGCAAAGUUCGCAACUAGGGGUAUUUACUUUCGGGUUAGCAGAGUUCAUUACCCGAAGCAUUUGUAAGGAGGACAGUACGUAACCCGAGGUUCCACUGUAAUCAGGAAAAGCAGGAGAGGUUCACUGAAGUGCAGCUGGAGAAACAGAGCCCCAGUCCAAAAGACUUCAGUUUGCUUACCUCAAAUUCCUGACGAUUUGGGAGCCUGACUGAUGAGGCUACUUCCCUAUCAAUAUUGAUCCAUCAGCUGUUUGAGUCGAUUUGAUUCAUAUUUCUAUGCCACUUUUAAUUCAAGUGAAUCGCAAAGCAGCCUACAAACGAUAAAUAACAAUAGCAGAACAGAACAUCACAAACACAUGUUUUGGAGGUUUACUAUUUAUUCAUUUCAUAAAGCUCAUACACUGCUUGAUUGUAGGAAAAACCUCAAAACAGUUUACAAAGAAGAUAAAACAAUGAUAUUAUCACAGUAAAGGUUUACAAAACAGACAAGAAGUUAAGCAACAGUAGACUAAAACAAAACUCUUAAGUAACUGGGUAGGCUUGUCUUACAAAGAAUGUUUUUAGCAGGCACCAAAAAGAGCACAGUGCCUGCUUGAUCUCACUAGGCAGGGAGUUUCAAAGCAUAGGUGUUGCCGCACUAAACCAUUGAGUUCUUACACUUGCGGAACAGGCAUUAUGGGGUUCUUGCUUGUAGGUAGUGCCAAUUCUGCUGAUCAAAGUGGUCAAGUGGACAUAUGUGGGUGCUCAGGUGAUCUCGGAGAUAAACUGUUCCCAAGUGGUUAAGGGCUUUAUAUGCUAAUAGUAACACCUUGAAAAUCAGCAACCAGCGCAGAUGUUCUACGUUGACAAGUCCUCAUUCGUUUCAGCAAUCGUACUGCAGCAUUCUGCACUAGCUCCUGGAUCAAGCGCAAGUGAAGCCACACAUAGAAUGUGUUGCAGCAAUUCAGUCUGUCCCUUCAAAGCCUCUGCUGUAUAUAAUGUUGUACAGUGGUACCUCAGGUUAAGUACUUAAUUCGUUCCGGAGGUCCGUACUUAACCUGAAACUGUUCUUAACCUGAAGCACCACUUUAGCUAAUGGGGCCUCCUGCUGCUCCCGCGCCGCUGGAGCAUGAUUUCUGUUCUCAUCCUGAAGCAAAGUUCUUAACCUGAAGCACUAUUUCUGGGUUAGCAGAGUCUGUAACCUGAAGCGUAUGUAACCUGAAGCAUAUGUAACCUGAGGUACCACUGUAUUCAUGUUGUUUUAUUUUUAAAAUUAUUCAAAUAGUCUGUACAUGUAAGGUUCCCUGAUGAAUCCUCACCACAUAUAUCUUAUAUUAAGGGAGCCUGGUCUUUUUAUUUAGAGUUCUGUUUGCACCAUUGUUUCCACCCAAUACCUUACUCAAUUUUUUUAACAAUCCCUCGCACACUGUUGUUGGGUAUAUGUAUGGGACAGACAGCUCAAGAAUUUCAUGUUUGAGAAUUAAAGAGAGUUCAUUAAUGCUUAUUUACAACAUAAUAUAAUGGAUUUGCUUAUUGGUAGACAGCAAAGUAUUAUACUAUCAGAUAUCCCUACCGAUUGGAGAAAAUAGUACAUUAACUGUAACAGUGUUAGUGUUGCUUUAAGAAGAUUCCCAUGAACUUGUUCUAAUCCUUACAUGAAACCAUUAACCAAUUACCUGCUUAUCUCCACCUCAGUUAACUCACAAGUUUAUUCAGAGGACUUCACUGGAAGUCUUCUCUCUGGUCAGGAAUUUGCCAGUUGCUGGCUUGAGCCCUCCCGAAGGCUGCUGCUGGAGGUUUCUUCUCACUUUUGGACCGCCUUAGCUUCUGCCAUCAGUGAUUUCAGCUCUCGCAUGAGCUUCUCACUCUUCCUCCUCCCCAACUGUUGCUGCUAUUGCUUUCAGUCUCUCUCUCCAGGCUUCCUCUUCCUCCUUCAGAGUCAUUUCUUGACUCAGCUUCCACAACUAAACCCCCCAAAGAGUGUGACAGGGCCGGCCCACCCAUGAGGCAGGCUGAACCAGCUGCCUUGGGUAUCAGAAUCCCAAGAGGUGGUCCCCCCUCGGCCACCAGUAGAGAAGCGGCUUCCGACGAAACGUCGCCGAAAUCUCAGGAGAUCUCGUGUGCUCCGUGAGAUCUCACUGCAGCCCAUCGCUGCUUCACAGGUGCCACCACACAAGCCAGGUGAGGGGCGCUUUGGCAGUGGGAUACCACCAUCCCGUUUUGCCUCAGGCGGCAAAACGCCACAGGUCCCCCCCCCCGAGUGCUGAAUCUGCUUCCACAUUCCACACCAGCUAGAAAUCUCCAACCCGUGUAUUUGCACUGAAAUUCUGAAUGCUCAUUGGCCUAUAACUGCGGUCCGUUGUUGGGAAGGAAUUUUCACAAAGGGGCCAAUCAUAAACAGACUCAUUUUGGAUGCUCCUGCCUGAUGCAUAAAGGUUGAGGUGCACUGAUUAAUUGAAACCUCACAUUUUACAUAGUUACCUCCCCUUAGCAACACUGACAGUUCUAACUGCUACUUGGCAGACUGUCAGCUGAACUCGCAUAUAAUGUUUACCUUUCUGGCUCUAGCCAAGAGUAAAUGGCUGGUGUUUUCCCCCUCUUUGCGCAUUUACAAUUUUUCAUACUUUGUGUGUGUCCCUAUUAUCACAGUAUUCUUGCAUUUAAACUGUACCUCAUCAAAAAUGUAGUUUCUUCACAACAGGUGAUAGCAGAGGCACCAAAAAAAAAAAACCAGACGAGAGAAUGAAACCCCAAUAGAAUAGCUGCAAACUAUUCUCAGCAGUUGCUGAGGGAACCAAGUGGUGAUGGCCUUAUCGUGUCAGUCAGUGGGGGGCAUUUCUAAGUCUCCACUGUUGCUAGGCUAACUUUAAAGUACAUUUUCUGAAACUACAGUAGAUGCAGCAGUUAUACUUGCUCCUCUACUUUUUGAAUAUGUACCGUAUUUUUCGCUCUAUAAGACACACAUUUUCCCCUCCAAAAAUUAAGGGGAAAUGUGUGUGUGUCUUAUGGAGCGAAUGCAGGCUCCUUGGCUUCAGUGAUAGCAACGCGAAGCCUCCGAAGCGCAGUGGGAGCGCUCCCGCUGCGCUCCAGAGGCUUCAGGUUCCCUUCGCUGAAGCCUGGAGAGCAAGACUCUCCUGGCUUCAGCAAAAAGAACCCCAAGCCUCCGGAGCGCAGCGGGAACUCCCACCGUGCUCCGGAGGCUUCAGGUUGCCUUCACUGAAGCCUGGAGAGCGAGAGGGGUCGGUGCGCACCAACCCCUCUCACUCUCCAGGCUUCAAAGAUAGCCGCCUGAAGCCUCCAGAGUGCAGCCGGAGCUCCUGCUGCGCUCUGGAGGCUUUGGGUUCCUUUCGCUGAAGGGUAGGUGCCCGUUCAGCUAAGGUGCAGCGCCCCUUCAGCUAAGCAGGAGAAGAAAUGGAAGGGGCUCCGUUUCUCCUGCCGCUUCACUGAAGGGACGCUGCGCAGAGAGGGGGAGAUUUUUUUUUCUUGUUCUCCCCCUCUAAAACAAGGUGCAUCCUAUGGUCGGGUGCGUCCUAUAGAGCGAAAAAUACGGUAAUUGAGUGAACUUAUGGGUCUGACAUUGAAAUCUGAGGACAUUCUCCAUUGUAGCAGAGGUCAGCGUUUUGUCCUAUGGGAAACAUUUCUGGCUGUUGACAAGGUAUAUUGAAACAAUAAUGAGCCAGGGAAAGCUUGCUUUUUUCUUCUUCGUGGAAUGUCUGUCUUUUGCAAGAACUCCGAAACUUGGUUUCUACAAGUGCCUGGGGUUGCCACUGCCAUUACACGCAAAGCACAAUAUGCACAUGCUCCCUUGAACUUGAGUAUUACUUUGGCAUAGCAGACACUGUAAACUCCUUUUCGCAGCCCUCUGGAUUGCAGCCUAACUGCUGAAAUGUAUUUUGACCCUCUUCAAAUCUUGCUCUGCUGCACUGUUACUUGUCUGUUAGCUGAGAAAAUAACUCGGUGCAAAAGAACACAUUUCACUGUGACUUUCACUGGCUUUGGUAGUGCCUUUUCAAAGACAAUCAUUUUUUUGACGGAAGACUUUCUGGGGUAGUCAACCUUAUAACAGGGUGGUGGUUAGAUUGAAAAUGCAUGCAAAGUGCUUUAUACACUUAAUGGCGGAGUGGGGGAGUAUAUAAAUGAUGGCGUACAUGUUUUAAUGUUCAUUUUGUAACACUAACCAGUCCUGUAUAUGAGCAGGGAUCAUUAAUGUAAUGAUAAGCUGAGAGAGAACUGGCCCUUUAAAAAAAAAAAAAGGCACCAUUUCAUAACCCAAGUUGGCUAAAAAAGCAUCAGAGCUUCAGACUGCAGGUCCAUGUUGUCCUGUGUCCUGCUUCCCACUGUGAUUUAAUCCACUGCCUCCAGGAAGCCCCCAAGCAGAGCAUGAAGGCAACGGGCCAGUCCUGUUACCCCUCAUCAGCACUUAUUCACUGACAUACCACCUCUGAAUUUGGAGGCUGCAUAUAGACUUCUUGCUAGAAGCCACUGAUGCCCUUAAAAUCCAUGAUUUCCCCCCCUUCCCCUUUUAAUUCUAUCUUAAGCUAGCAGCCAAAUGAAUAUUGCCUGGCCCAAAACAGGAUGACCCUGAGUUCUCGUAGCUAGUUUAUUAAAUUCAUGCAUUACUUCCCACAGUGGACAAUCCUGAAGCAUUUUAAAGGAGUAAAAUACAGGGAUGCGGUGGAAAAUACACACAGUUGUAUCCAAAGGAAGACUAUGUGAGCGUUCCAUCAGCUCAAGGAUUUCUGCUUGCACAACAAAACGUCCACACUCUCUUCCCCCAGCUUGUUAUGGGAUUCCCCUGGCUCUAUGGAGCAGAUUUGGGGAGGGUGCAAGGUUGUGGGGUGGAGGGAGACGUGUGGGGAAAGUCCCUUUGUGCAAUCUGAAAUCCUUGUGCCGACAGGACACAUGCGUUGAUUACUGCCUCUAAACAUGGUAACAACAUAAUUAGAGCAAAAUAUCUGGUCAUUGGUGCAACCCAAAUGCCCAGGAAAACAGAAAUGUUGUUACCUGGCAACGAAAUAGCAACAAAAUUGGCACCAAGCAGGUCUCCCUGGGGAGAGCAUGCAAUAGCCCAGGAGCUACUACAGAAAAAGCCUGUUCUUUGGACCCUUUAUGUAGGUGGCAAAGAGAGAAGAGCCUCAAAGGAUGAUCUUGGGGUUCAGUCAGGUUAGAGAAGCUCCUCCAAACACACCUUCUUAUCUCUUGCUCCUUUCUGGUGUCCUCCCCCUCCGCCAGUCCGACUGAAUUUUGUGCAUCUGCUUUUUGCAUUCUGUUGAUACAGGUUCCCAGGUCUCUGUAUGUUAGAGAAAUCUUGCCAUAAGAGAAAUAUUCCAGAAUCUCCUCCUCCUUCUUUCCCUGCCUCUCUCAGCUUUGUGAGAUGUAUAUAAAGUCAGAAAAGUCCCCAAGAUUCUAGCAGAGAGAACAUCUGUAAUCACUUUAUUGCUCCUUGGCAGGUAGCUAUUUCAACUGCUUUCCAAAAGCAACUUGAAGUGUGCAGUUGUGGCAUGACAUGCAUUUUUGAGUCACUUUUAUGCUUUACGUCUUUUUUACUAAUGCAAAAUACUGCCAGAUGUUUAUAAGCUAAGAGUCUCCUUAGUAGCCAGGCUGCAGAAUAUAAGGCGGAGAAGCCUUAAAACGUGCAUGUUAUUUUAUUUUUUGCUGUUGUUGCAGGAAAUUAAAAAAUUCAUCAAAGCUAUGUCCGAGAAGAUCAAGAAAACCAGGGACAAGUAUGGCAUUAAUGACAACGGCACAACAGAGGUAAUGUCGCUUGUGGGUUGUGUGCUGAUUCCAUACCCUUUAACAGAUGAAGAUAGGGGCACUAUUUUUUGCAUGUAAGCUUGUGUAACACACCCUUAAUUCCCAUACCUGGUAUCUCUGCCAGAACUGCCCAUGCCCACUGUCGUUUCAUAAUAGUGGACAAAGUGUUGCACCUUGUCUAAUAAUCUGCAGCAACCUCGUCCUACACUUGUUUCUGAAGCAGGGAGAUUCGGAAACUCAAUACAAUUCUUUCAUUAAAAAAAACAAAAACCCAAUCCUUAGAGUUUAACCUGCAAUGAUUCUGGAUAUAUGUACUGAAUAACAGCUGCGGCUUAAACAUAUUCCAUAACUUAUUAUCUCGCUUACUGCAGGGAAGGGGGGAACAGAAGUGAAUAUCACUGUUGGUUUUUUCCUCUGUGUUUUCAUACUGUGCACUAGGGGAAUGCAUAAUACAUGCCCUGUCUAUUGAAUUAAAUUCCUAACUAUUCUGGCUCUUUAUUGCUUCAGCCGUAUGUUUUGUACCAAUUGGACCGGAUUACUCCAACCCAGCUGGAGAAGUUUCUCGAGACCUGUAGAGAGAAGUAUAUGAGGUAUGGAUAAUUCACACACACACACACACACACACCCGGGUAGGAGUGAAUGUCAUUUGAACUGAUUUAGCCAAAUCUGAUUAUAAGUAGGUGAGAAACUGAUAGAAAGUAUUCUCCUGCUUCUCGGGCAGAACUUAGGAGGUCUGAAGCGGGAGGCAAGUUUUAGCCAAAGUUCAGUUUCUCCCUCAGAUGUUUGUCUCAGUGUCAAUAUAGCUAAAAAGAAAAGUAGUAAUGGCUCUGCAAUUGUUACAUGAUUCAUGCUAAUAUAGCAAUGACCAGCUUCCCUCAGAUUUAUUGCAAAGUUGCCCAUCUCCCCUGAUACAUAGUUAAAUUCCUUGCAUACUUACUACAGUGGUACCUCAGGUUAAGUACUUAAUUCAUUCCGGAGGUCCGUACUUAACCUAAAACUGUUCUUAACCUGAAGCACCACUUUACCUAAUGGGGCCUCCUGCUGCUGCCGCACUGCCGGAGCACAAUUUCUGUUCUCAUCCUGAAGCAAAGUUCUUAACCUGAAGCACUAUUUCAGCGUUAGCAGAGUCUGUAACCUGAAGCGUAUGUAUCCUGAAGCGUAUGUAACCCGAGGUACCAGACUAAAGGAUCAUCCCUUUCCUCCCCACCCCCCACCCACAAUUACAUUGUUCUGGGGUUUCUCCCAACCCCCAGAGCCAUGGGGGGGGGGAGCGGAAGGGGGAAGCCCCAUUGCAGAAGCCUUCACGCAUGGCUUGCACUGACGGGACUCAUUAGGUCAGUGGUUCUUAAAGGGUGAUGGGCAGGACAGGAUGGCAAGUGUGGCAGAAAGAUUCAAGGACAAUCAGUAUUAUAUUUUGGGAAUAAUUCAUGUUCUUGUGUAGCCAUAAUGAUUUCUGUUUUCCGGAUGUCCUGUGAUCAUAUUGUAAAGUAGUUGUGUUUUGUAUUACAAAUCAAGCAUUGCUGGGAGUUGUUUUGUUUCCCAAUGUAUUUCUUACCAAUAAAAAAAUUGGGCAAUUUUUUCCUCUGAAAGUGCGUCCCAGAGAAAAAAAAUUUGAGAACCACUGCGUUAGAGGAAUCCACCUUCACCCCACCCACCCACCGUAAUUUUUUGUGCUUAUGAUUUCUCCAGUAGUAUGAAGCACACGUUUUAGUCCUUGCAGUCGAACAUAAUAUAAAUGCAAGCACCUGAGAUUUCCCAGUAAUACUACUACUGAAACCAAGGGUAUUAUAUAGCAGGACAUUUCCUGGAUGACAUUCAAAUUUAUUAUUAUUACAGUAUAUAUUUUAAAAAAUAUUAUUACAUUGGAUGCUUGAAUUGGAUUGAACAGUAAUUAUGAAACACGACAGUUGCAGAGAUGGGGGUCCUGCUGCCCUCUAGAUCAGGCAUCCCCAAACUCGGCCCUCCAGAUGUUUUGGGACUACAAUUCCCAUCAUCCCUGACCACUGGUCCUGUUAGCUAGGGAUGAUGGGAGUUGUAGUCCCAAACAUCUGGAGGGCCGAGUUUGGGGAUGCCUGCUCUAGAUGCUGCUGCAACGCAGCUCCCAUAAUCCCUGAUCAUUGGCAGUGUUAAUGGAAGUUGAAGUCCAUUAACAUCUGGAGGGCCUCAGUUUCCCCAUCUCUGCAUUGCAGUGAAACGCUAUAAAUAGUCUUGCCUUUGGGUGUGCUGAUUGCCUUUCACCAGGCAGUAGCAAACUCGGAAGGCUCCAGAUUAUGAAACGGAAGGAGAUCUGAAAUUAUCCUGGGCCUCAAGUUCUCCAACUAUGGACGGCUGCUGCAUUAACUAAUAAUAAAUCCCACUAAGCAAACUAUUAAGUUUAAGCAUGUUGUGCCUAUGGUUUCUCGGUCAUUUAGGUUUUGUAAUAGGAGGUAUACUGUAUAAGAAUAAUGCUUGUUUCAAAUGUCUAGCUUUUAGCCCAUAACAACAUAAAAACAACUUCUAUGAGGAACAGAAGCACUAAAACCAUAUUGAAAAUGUAUUGCAGAAGCAGCAAAGGGGCACAUAAAACACUGAAUUGCGAAUGAAUUUACUUGUGUGUAAGAUCACCAAAAAACAGGACUAUUGGGAGAAGCAAUUUCCCUUCCCAGCCCUCAUGGAGUGGAUAUUUUGGGGUGGGUUGAUUCCACACACGCCCCCAAUCUAAAUAUUCUGUCUCGGCAUCAGUGGAAAGGAAGUUACCUUUGUUUCCGAACUGCCUUUAUCCUGAAUCGUGACAUUGGUUUUGAGAAGGCUGAGGCUUUUUUUAUACUGGAAGAAGACAGUACUAGUCUUGAGGCUGUUACUGCUCUGUGAGUUGAUUUGCUUUAUGUAGAGAAGGUCCAUAAUAUGCCGUAGGAUUGUUUCGCUGGGAUUUAACUAAGGGUGACAGCUGUCCUCUGAUCUUCUACUUGCUUCGUUGCAUAAGGUCUCUCACUAAGCAUAUUGCUGCUGUGACUCUGUGCAUCUUGGAGCCUUAGCUUUGCCCUGCCAGAUGAGGAUGGUUAACAAAUGGGAUUUAAAAUAAUUGUUUGAUGUUGACCUCCUUGGCUGAGAUCACUUAGCCUGUGCACAAGAAAACGACAGUGCUGAUAAUAUUCAUUGGAGUAUUCAGAUCGGGGCUGGUCCAGUGACCUUGGUAAGGGCAUCAAUUGAAUCUCAUCUACCAAAUGAACUCAUGUUGAUAUAAUAAGACACCUUUUUCAUGUCAUGGGGUUCAUAGCCUUGAUGCUUCUAGUGUUCACUGUCUCCGUAUUGUUAUUUGUUGUCAAAUGGUUGAUAUGUUUUAUUAUAGGGUAAAAAAACAUUUUGUCUGCCUUUGAAGGCAUUUCAGAAUAGGGUAAUUAUAUAUAAGAGACCCUGAUUGUUGCUGGAGGCGCUGAAGGAUGUUCACAGAUUUAUCUGGGCAGCCAAUUUUCAGAAGGACAGUCCACAGGGUAUUACGAUUUACAUCGUCAAAGGCCUUUGUCAGGUCAAAAAAUGCCAUAUACGGGGGUUGGUUUUGCUCUCUGCAUUUUUCUUGAAGCUGUUGAGCAGUGAAAAUCAUGUCCACUCUCCCCCUAGAAGGCCGAAAACCAUUUUGGGAUUCAGGAAGGGUAGACUUGGAUAUUCUUAAGAGACAGUUUGCUAGGAUCCUUACAAGAAUUUUGCUGGCCGCAGCUAAUAAAGAGAUGUCUCGAUAGUUUCCACAAUCCAUUCUAUCACCUUUUUAAAAGAGAUUCAUAAUUUUGGCAUCCCUAAAGUCUGCUGGGAUCUCUUCUCCCAGAUUUUUUCGAUGAGCUUCUGAAGUUGUUGUGUAAGUUCAGUUCUGCCCACUUUGAAGACUUCGGCAGGUAUCCCAUCAGGUCCGAUGGCUUUGUUGUUUUCCAUUUGGGUAAUAGCUGUACACAACUCUCCCAGAUUUGGAGAUACUGCAAGCUCAUCUCUAACUUGUUUUUGCGGAAUUUGUGAGAGGACCUCAGCAGCUACGGGGGGGGGGGUGCGGUUAAGGAGAUGUUGGUAAUGUUCUUUCCAGCGCAGUGCAAUAGCUUCUUUAUCUUUUAGAAGUAUGGUACCGUCUACUGAGCACAGGGGGCAUAUGCCAUGAGGCUUAUGAGGGAACAGUUUCAAGCAGCUGAUCUUGGGACUUUGUGAUUCUGAAGGAUCAGGGAGAAAAACAAAAUGUGUAUUAAAUACACAGCUCUCCUGAACACCUGUGCUUUCACUUUCUUAAAAUAGAGUGUUUGACCAUUAUAUAAUAUAUAGUUGAAAGUGUGCAGCCGGUGCCUGAUGAAUUCUCAGAACGCAAAAAAAAGGUGACGGAAAGAUUUUGAGCUGUCUGUGCUCCUAGGCUGCGACAUAGCUUCUUGUCUUCCACCAGGGUUUAAAGAAGUGGGUUUUAUGAUUUCAUAGUGCCACACUGAACCUUUUGGGGUUUUUUAUCCAGUACAGAGAAUGGGGAUCUUGGUCCUUAGAGGCCAGCUCAGCCAGGAACUCUCUAGAGUUGACUCGUAGGUGUGAAAAUUAAUAAAUACAAAAGUUUUCUUGGUUUUAUAACCCAGGGCACAGAUGGAACCUGGCUCUGCAGUGGGAGCUCUGUGCGCUCAGAGUAUCGGAGAGCCUGGCACACAGAUGACUCUGAAAACUUUCCAUUUUGCUGGGGUUGCCUCAAUGAACAUCACGCUAGGGGUGCCGAGAAUCAAAGAGAUCAUCAAUGCCUCCAAAGCCAUCAGGUACUGAAGCCAGAUUUUAUUCUCAUCUUGAUAUUUGAAUGGCAGAUUUAAUUAUAACGGAGGGAGGUCUCUCUCUCUCUCUGUCAACUUGCUAGCUGGAGUCAGAGUCUGGGCACUACUGUAUAAUAAACAGAAACUGACAGGAACAGGAUAACUACAACAUUUGAUCUAUCCAGUAAUUCUUGCCUAUGACACAAACAUUUGUCUUCUGAAAAGCAAACAAGUUGAGUAACUCAACUUCUGGUUGCAAGUUGCCUACUGUGGGGCGGGGGGAAUAAGCUGCAGGAUGAUAUCCCUUAUCUUGGAUGGCUGCUAAAUGCUCUUAUUUAUUUCAAUGUAUUUGUUGCUCUCUUGAUCCAACAAAAUGAGACCCUUUUUUUUUUAAGGUGGAGAGUUAUUUCUUAGGCCUUCCUGUUGAUCAAAGCACAAAAAUAACUGAACCUAAAAAGUUACAGUGUACCUGCCAUUUGCUACCUCGACCUAAGGCAGCAAGAUAAAAAGGGGGUCAAUUUAGUAGCUGAUUGCACUAUAAUUAGUAGACUCUUGAUUAACGAAGUCAAGAUACUGUGUGAACAAGGUCAAGGCUCAUAAGAGGAACCUCCAUUCACAAAAAAGUGUUGUGCUAUGUCUUCCAAGCUAUGAGCAAGAUUCAGUAUCCUUGAAAUAAUUGGUUUGGGAAAGCAACAAAUUUCAGCAGAGUGAGUUAACACCACAGCAGAUAACUGCAGAGAUGCGGCUUAUGGAUUUUUUUUAGAUUUUAAACGUACGGGCAUCAUAAGUUGUUUCGUACAAUGUUUAGUUCUCGAUAUAUAAAAUAGAAUUAUCAGUAAUGUUCAUGGUACGUAAAGGUAAUAAACCAGUAGGCUUUUCACAACGAUAUGCUUUUGCUGCUUAUCCAUAGUACGCCAAUUAUCACAGCCCACCUUGACACGGAUGAUGAUCCAGACUUUGCCCGUUUGGUUAAAGGAAGAAUAGAGAAGACGCUACUGGGAGAGGUAGACGGUGCCUUAUUGUUGCUUAAUAUACAAUAUUUCCCAUUAUGGUUCUGCACUGCUGUGAUGCUUAUUAAACAAUGAGCAUGGUUGAAUUUCUCUUUUUGACUUUCAGAUUUCGGAGUACAUUGAAGAGGUUUUCCUUCCUGAUGACUGUUUCAUUCUUGUCAAGCUUUCGUUAGAGCGGAUUAGGCUGCUGAGGCUGGAAGUGAGUGUCUCCCCCUCCCACUGAUACUGUGUUCGAGAAACUGAUUUGCCACAGGGGUGCCUUCAGGCAGGGCAGAUACCGCAGUGAAAAUGAGCGUGGCUUUUUCUGUAGUGCUUUAAUUUAUUCUCAUUAUUGCUCUGUGGUACCUUCAAUAUGUUAAUUGCUUCUGCAGCAUGCAUCUAUGCACAUUUUCAAAGAGAAUUAAUGUUCCCUGCUAGUUUCCCCCUAACCAGAUUUGAAGUGAGCAGGGAGCAGAUGGAUCAGUCUAGCUGUCUUUCUAUUUCCACCCUGCAUCAGUUUCACACACAUUUAUUCAUAGGAACAUAGGAAGCUACCUUAUAGAGACUUUGACCAUUGGUCCAUGUAGCUCAGUAAGGUCUACAUCGAUUGGCAGCAGCUCUUCAGAGUUUCAGACUGGAGACAUCAAAGCCCUACUUGGAGAUGCUUUGGAUUGAACCUGGAGCCUUUGGCAAAACAGAUGCUCUACCACAGAGCUACAAAACCCUAACUCUUCUGAUUCCUUUCCAUGUUAAUCUGCAUUUUCUUUAAAAAAAAAAAAAAAGCCCAUGAACAGUACAGUCAUACCUUGGAUCCCGAAUGCCUUGCAAGUCGAAAGUUUUGGCUCCUGAACGCCGCAAACCCGCAAGUGACUGUUCCGGUUUGUGAACUAUUUUUUGAAGCUGAACAUCCAACAGGGCUUCCACGGCUUCUGAUUGGCUGCAGGAGCUUCCUGCAGCCAGUCAGAAGCUGCGCUUUGGUUUCCGAACGUUUUGGAAGUCAAACGGACUUCCAGAAUGGAUUCUGUUUGGCUUCCAAGGUACGACUGUAGUAUCUAAAUUCAUAUUUGAAUAUCUAUGCAGAAUAUGUAUAUAUGUAGUUUAUAUCAACAUGCAUAUUUCAGAAUAAUAAAAUAGAAAUCUGUAUGUUGGUAUGCCUUUUAGAUGAGAACUGCGUUGCAAAAUUUGGGAAAAUGCAAAAUCCAAAGGAUAAUUGCACUCCGAUUUGCGUGUUAGUCUGGAGGUGUGAAUUAGGUCAGCUUGUUUGAAAAUCCAGACUAAAUGAAAUUUUCCUCCAUCCCUAGCUGCACCAGGAUUCGUAACCCCAGAAUGCCUGGUUGUUGUUUCUCAUAUGCAGAAGCAUCCAAAUGUCAUUUACACCUGUGGUCCAAAGUGGUGCAUCUUAACAAUAAUCUGCACCAUGUAAUUACUCUGACCAUGUAAGCUGGCUCAUCGAACUUGGCUUGCAGCUGCUGCGCAGACAAUAUUUUAAAUAAAUUUCUGAUGAAAUUCUGAGCAGGCAAUUCCUGGAGUGAUUUGCACUGAUCUCUUUAGGGCAUGUAACACUAAUAUUGUCUCAGACCCAAAUAAUGCAUCAAUUUCUGCUCUCUUGAGGGGCCCCCACAGUUCAUCCACCGCUGUAAUCCCUGAUCCCAUAUGGCCCCAAGUAAACUCUCUUCAACAGCAUUGGGUUGCUCUUGCCACUACACUUCUCUUGUUGGUCCAAACAUGGCAACGGGUAGCGAGCAGCUGCAAAUCGUGGUGGUUAGGUUACGAAGCAGUGGCUAGCCAGAGAUUGUCCAGUGAGAGAUUGUCCAUGGCAGAGCAGGGAGGGACACGGGUGGCGCUGUGGGUUAAACCACAGAGCCUAGGACCUGCCGAUCAGAAGGUCGGCGGUUCGAAUCCCCACGAUGGGGUGAGCUCCCGUUGCUCGGUCCCAGCUCCUGCCAACCUAGCAGUUCGAAAGCACAUCAAAGUGCAAGUAGAUAAAUAGGUACCACUCCGGUGGGAAGGUAAAUGGCGUUUCCGUGAGCUGUUCUGGUUCGCCAGAAGCAGCUUAGUCAUGCUGGCCACAUGACCCGGAAGCUGUACUCCGGCUCCCUUGGCUAAUAAAGCAAGAUGAGUGCUGCAACCCCAGAGUCGGCCACGACAGGACCUAAUGGUCAGGGGUCCCUUUACCUUUACCUUUUCCUCCUCUAUUUGCAUCUACCGUGCCAAAUGCAGUUGCCACUCACUGCUUCAGAGGGACAGGCUUGUCUUGGACUUCCUCAAGUGGGAAUGGACCUCCUGAUUAUUGAAAGCAAUGUGGGCAAGUUCUUCCUCAACAGUGCCUAGGCAGGCUACCCAGAGACAACCUCUACCUUACCACUGGUGGUAGGCCUGAGAGCCCCACCAUCUCCACCAUGGCCUGCAACUUGAGGACCCCAGCCAGCACAGCAUCUGGCUGAGCUGGCUUAACAAUAGGCAUGAUGUGCAUGUGUGCAUUUUAAUGAACUGAACAGAGUGAAAAGUUAUGAGUCAUGGGGGUGCAGAGAUUAUGUGAAUGAACUUAGUGCUUAGCUUAUAUUUUAAUUGCUAUUUUGUUAAUGUUUGUAAUAUUGCUUUGUAGAUUCUAAAUGCUGCAUUGUUAAUCACAUGACUUGCCAUAAUUGUGAGAUUUAGCUUAUUUUUUAGUUGCUGUUUUGUUUAGUUUUUUAUAGAUUGCAACUGUUUUAUUGAUAAUUUGUUAAUUAUUUUAUAUGAUGUAUGCUGUAUUCACGAUGUGCUAUUAUGUUUUAUUAUGUUAUGGUUAUUUAUUGGUUGUAAGUCACUUUGAGAUUCAUUUGAAUGAAAAGUGGCCUAGAAAUACAAUCAAUCAAAUCAAUCACCAGUGUUAGCCAGAUGAAAUUAGAGAGUCCUGACCUCCUGUUAAUUUCCCUGUUUGAGGCUGAAGCUACACGUGGCACAGAAUGAGUUGGGAAAGUCCUUCAGUGGUAAAACAGCCUCUACCUUUUCAGCUGUAGGUACCACUUUCAUGUGAGCGAGUAGUCAAAAGACCUCUCUUACAAUACAUUAGCAUAUAAGGAAGAAAGGUUUAGAGCAGUCCUCUCUUAGUUCAGUACAUCCUUUUUAUCUGUACGAGGUCAAUUGAAAUGGCACUCAGCACAACCAGUUGCAGUCUGAAGUUGCACAUCUGUGCAAUAUGUAGAAUGACUGUAAUUCAUGCACCCAACUUGAGGAGCGUGGGGGGGAGCGUACCUGGGAGCCAUUACUUCCAACAUUACAUUGAAAAUGUAAAAAGAGAGUGUAUGGAUCAGUUGUGCCGCCCAAAGCCUCCCUCAGUCUUCAGUAGCACGGGGCCGAAAUGGACAUUCCCCUCAACUGUCACACAUUUCAGAACUGAAUAUUUUUGGGGCUCCUGGGCAGUAGCGAACAUCGCAGCAUCUUGCAAAGGCCGUCAAAUAAUCGCUUUCAGAGCUUUUGCCAGACUAGUGUUUUGGACACCGUGUAACAAAUUGCAUGCCCGCGGAACUGCGCCCAGUGUCGAAAUAAUUAUGCAAAUAACAAAGUGACAUUUGUGACACAGGUUAAUGCGGAGACUGUGCGGUAUUCUAUUUGUGUCUCGAAGCUGAGAGUGAAGCCUGGGGAUGUAGCUGUUCACGGUGAGGCCGUUGUCUGCGUUACUCCCCGAGAGAACAGCAAGAGUUCAAUGUACUAUGUCUUGCAGUCUCUGAAAGAAGAGCUACCAAAAGUAAGCUACCAACUUUCUACCUUCCGCGUGUGAUGCUCAGCAACAAAUGCAUGUGCUCAGAUCACAGCAUUCAAAGGAUUCACUGCAUUAGUGUGAGAAUUCUUGAAAUCCUCUGCUAAGAAUGCCCCCGUUUCAUUUCUUACUUUUUCCAUUUUCCCCCCGAAGAAGCUUUUAUAAUUUGAAAACAUAUUGGGCAUCUUGUACCUUUAUAAAUUUGUGCAUAUUUAACAGAAGCGGAUCUGGGUAUUGCCCUCUUGCUGUUGGAUGAGCCUAUUUUAUAUCAUGAUCUAUAUUUUGUGUGUGUUUGUAUGUAUAUGUAGAGAGAGAUCAGAUUUUAUUACAUACCAUUUUUCAGCCCAAAGGCUCCCUAAGCCAUGACCUGCAUUAUAAUAUAUAUAUAUUAUAAUUAUAAUAUAUAUAUAUAUAUUAUAUAUAUUAUAUAUAUUAUAAUAUAAUAUAUAUAUAUAUUAUAUUAUAAUAUAUACACACACACACACACACAUACAGUAAAGUACAAUAAAAUGUCUCCAGUCAUUCAAAAAAUAAUAUUGGGGAUCACAGUGUAAUUCUUUGGUGAUCACUCAUGGCUGAGUAAGGUUGUCUUCCAUGAACACGGUAUUAACAGUGAGUCCGUAAGUUACUGUGGAGGCCAAUUCUGGAUCCACACAGCCCUUCAUAGUGGGGACAUAGGUUUCUGGGUGGGAUUUGAUCACAGUGAGGAUUUGCCAAACGUGCCUUUCUCUUAGCUCAUUCCUCCCUUUCACUGUAAUAAAUUAGGUGCUAAACCUUCAAGGUACCGAGUUAGUUUUACUGAAGCUCUUUGGGAAGUUCCUCUUAAGAAUAACUUCACAAAUUUGCUUGAAUUUGCUUGAAGGGGUGAUAGGUGGUGGCUUCUCUUAAUUACAGUGAGCACACUCACUAUUUUGUCAAAGCAGUGAAGCCUUUGGUGCCCAUUGGCUGAGUAGUAAUGAUGUCACAAAGAAGAAUGAUGUCAUAAAGAAGCUGAGCAAUAGAUGGAAGCUUAGGGAAAGAGAGCUCAGGGCUGAGGUUUGCUAAAGGAAAGGGAGCCUGACAGGCUGAAGAGACAGGAGCGGGAGGAAUGGGGUAAGGAGAGAAAGAGGGUGUACAGGAGAAGGGGACCCUUGAAGAGGAUGCAGAGGAGCCAAGAAAAUAAUGAAGGGCAGAGAGUGGCAUGCAGGAACUGGGAGAAGAGGAAGAAACCAGUGGGAGGAGGUGUUUGAAGAAACUGAUUCUGUUUGGUUGCAAUUGCAUUGAAAACAGCUUGGCCUUUCAAAAACAGCCAGAUCCCUACCAAAGCCAAACUAUUUCCUUCCCUUUCCAAUAAAGAAAUCAAAUAACUACGUAACAAAAUCAGUUGAGUGCCUAAUUGAAGUAAACUGAUCUGUGCCGGAUGCAUAUUCUUUGGGUUGCAAAAAUGCACACGCCAAGUGAAAAGGCUAGAAGUAUAGUCCCUGAAGUCCAUCCUUUGUAGGAAUUCUGUUUUUAUGUUGCAGAGUGUGAGCCUUAGUUAUGUGGAACCCUGCCUUCAAGUGUUCUGACUGCUUUCCUUCACAGUCACAACACACAUUCAUGGAACUCCCAAGCAAAUAUGAAGAGCCAGGGGUGGAGGCUAACCUAUAGUCAUCCCAAUGUUGCUUGAUUUCAGUUCCCAUUAUCUCUGACCAUUAGGCUAUGCAGGCUUGGGACUGAUGGGAGCUGGGAGUCACCUGCAUUUGGAGGGCUACAGGUGCGUCACUUCCAGUUUAGGCAAUAUUAAACAGUCACUGUAGGAAAGAGCAAGGAGGGCAAAGAGUGGGGUUUUGAUUGUGAUAUCUGGUCUAUAGCAAGAAGCAUUUAUCAGGGUAUCUGUCUUCUAGACACUUUUUUUGAUUUCCUUUCCUACAUAAAGGUGGUUGUGCAGGGUAUCCCGGAAGUGUCUCGCGCUGUCAUUCAUAUCGAUGAGCAGAGUGGGAAGGAGAAGUACAAGCUGCUGGUGGAAGGUGACAACCUGCGAGCUGUCAUGGCCACGCAUGGAGUCAAAGGAACAAGGACUACUUCGAACAACACUUACGAGGUAGCCAUCAAGAGGCCAUUGGCUAUAUGAGCUGGUGGUGUGUGGCAUAGUGGUUGAGUGAUGGAGCCUGUGGAAGUUCUUGGUUCAAAUGUCACCUUUUCCAUGAAUUUCCUAGGUCAUGGGUAGGCAAACUAAGGCCUGGGGUCCAGAUCCGGCCCAAUCACCUUCUAAAUCCAGCCUGCGGACAGUCUGGGAAUCAGCAUGUUUUUACAUGAGUAGAAUGUGUCGUUUUAUUUAAAAUGCAUCUCUGGGUUAUUUAUGGGGCAUAGGAAUUCAUUCAUUCCCCCCCAAUAUAUAUAUAUAUAUAUAUAUAUAUAUAUAGUCUGGCCGCCCCACAAGGUCUGAGGGUCAGUGGACUGGCCCCCUGCUGAAAAAGUUUGCUGACCCCUGUCCUAGGUGGUCUAAGGCAAGCCAUGUUCUCUCAAGACUAACUUCUUUUCCCCCACCCCCCCAAUCUACAAUAUGGGGUUAAUACAGAUUGCAGCAAGGUAAUAUAGUGAAACACUCUGAACACUCAGAAAGUGUUAUUAUUAUUAUUUAUUGAAUUUAUAUACUGCCCUAUACCCAGGGUGGUUCACAGAUAUAAAACCACAAAAUACAUACUAAAAAUAAAAGCAACACAGAAAAAUACAUAUUUUUCUCUUUUCUUUUUUGUUUCGUUUUGUAAUAUUCUGAAAAUCUUAAUAAAUAUCUUAUAAAAAAAAUAAAAAUAAAAAUAAAAGCAACAACCCAAUAGCUCCCCCCCCAAAGCCACAUUUUAAAAGGACGUUGGCUGUCAAUCAGAUCAACCAAAGGCCUGGUUAAAAAGGAACAUUUUUGCCUGGCACUAUAAUGAAGGCGCCAGGCGAACUUCCCUGGGAACAGCAUCCCACAGACAGGGAGCCACUACAGAGAAGGCCCGUUCUCGUGUUGCCACCCUCCACACCUCUCGAGGAGGAGGUGCGUGAAGAAGGGCCUCAGAAGAUAUCUCAUGGUCCAGGUAGGUUCAUAUGGAAAGAGGCGGUCCUUGAGGUAUUGCAGUCCUGAGCCAUUUAAGGCUUUAUAGGUCAAAACCAGCAUUCUAUAGGCAUCCUAAGUGUGAUAAUGAAGAAAAAUGCUACCACUGGAAGCUACUGCCUGUAAGGAGGCAGGGGCAAGCUCGGGUGCAAGCCAGGGCAAUUUUUAAGCCAAAAUAUGUGGGAAUGAUUGUAGCUUGGGGGAAGGAGUUGCUUUGGAAAAUCACAGUGCUUAUGUGCCAGUGGAAUCAAUGUUUUGCCACUUCCCUAAACCACAUAAUUUAAUCGACUAGGUCGAGAAAACCUUGGGCAUUGAGGCUGCCCGGACCACCAUCAUCAAUGAGAUUCAGUACACUAUGGUAAACCAUGGUAUGAGCAUUGACCGGAGGCAUGUGAUGUUGCUGUCUGACCUGAUGACAUACAAGGUUUGUUUUCUUCCUUUUCAUUGUUUUGCCACCAAUGCACUUGGCCCUCCUUCCCUCAAAUAAAUGUAAAAGAAGAAAAUACCGGGGAAACACCUAUACGAGUGUUGCUUGCUGCGAUAUCCACAUGGAUUACUCCCUUCAUAGGCACCUGCGUAGCAAAGAGCCUCAUGAUGGGCAUCCGUUUACUGUACUGACAUAUAGUAUAUCUUCUAAGCCCAAAUUAAGGUUUCGGGUGGUUGUUUUUCCUUUGAUCCAAGUAAUCAGGAAUAUGUGAAUCAUUCGGAUGUGCCCUUCCAGGAAUGUCCACACAUAUCCUGCCCCCUGCCCCCACUGGUGUACCCAGUUUCCUUCCUCUCUGCCCAUCGCCACAAGAGUGAGCAGUGUGGGCAGAGUGAGCAGGCUGGUCUGUCAGCUGCUGCUCUGCCAUACUCGCUUUCCACUUGCUUUGUUGACUGGGAGAGAUCAGCCUCUGCUGCCAGCAAUUGCAAGAGACAUUGACACUUCCCCACACCUGAUUGGCCAAGGCCAGGGAAAGGGAAGUUGGCACUCAAGAAUCAGUGGCCUAAUAUAAUAGAACAAUAAGAAACUAAGCAUAGCAGGUCUUAGGCUGUUGCAUAUGUAAAAAAUAUGUUAUAUAUGUAUAUGUUGUAUUUGAGAGAAGGCGGGCAAGACAAUUGUUCCAAAUCUCCUUUAUUAACAACCAUGCUGGACAAAUUAUUAUGCAUCCAUAUAGCUAUCAGUGUACACUGUCAGUAUAUGGAAACAUCACCGCUGCAGACACCCAGAUUGUUGACAUCACAUGAUGCGCCUAUCUGUGGGAAAGAAGAACUUCCCAGGACAUUCACAGGCUGGAUAAGUCUUUGUGAAGAGUGUAACUUGAAACCUUCUGUGUGCACGUUUAGGAAGUUUGUCAGACCUGCUAGAAGAACUGAACUGAAAGGACGUGUUUUUCUCUAGUGCUGUAAUGUCAGAAAUAAACAUCAUGUAAAUAGAUUUCUGACUUAUUUUCUUUCCCCUGCGGAAGCAGGAGGGAGGGGUUGUGCAUUUUACCCACUUUUGGGAAAAUGUCGCCUAUCAAAAUCUCCCUGGUCUGUCUGGAUAUCAGCCAGAGGAGGUUACCGGUAUGCAAGCUCCGAGGACAGUAAGAGGGGCCAGCCUCUGUGGAGGGGGCUUGCAAACCAACAUACACUUGCCCAGGACAAGAAAUGCAACUUCAUCCACCCUAUAGAUUUGCCUUCUUCGUACAGAGUCAAAGCCUUUGGUGAGCAUGAAUUAGCUUAUGAGGUUCUGCUGUCUUCCUUUUCUCGGACUAGGGUGAGGUUCUGGGGAUUACUCGGUUUGGCCUGGCAAAAAUGAAGGAGAGUGUAUUGAUGCUUGCUUCGUUUGAGAAGACAGCAGAUCACCUCUUCGACGCUGCAUAUUUUGGGCAGAAGGAUUCAGUGUGUGGUAAGUGUCUUGGGUGAUGAAUCUUGCCACUAAGCACAGCUCUCUAAAUGUAUCCUGGCUGAAAAUGGGGGAAGUGGAGUGUAAUAAUAAUAGGGGUUGCUCGUGCGUAAGUUGCCGCCACUCCUGGCUAGGUUGCCUGGUUAAACCUUUCCUGUCUGGACAGCCCUUCACUUCGUGGCUGUUUCAGUCGCUAGCAGAAUCCGUCAGUGGGCGUCUCUUAAACCUUUUCCAGCAUAAAAGCUGUUUGACGCCAAGUCUCCUCCUACUCUCCCUGCGCGGAAGUCUUCUGUGCAGGGAGGGUGUGGGUAGCGGAGGACCCGUGCUCUCCCCGCUGGUCUCCGGCAAGGAGUCCUGGAGCCCCCUCGCCGAUUCCCCCAUCUGCUCCCCUUUAUCCCUGGUGUUGCGCUGAUUUCUUUCCCCAGCUGAUGAGCUGCCUCUCUCCCUGCUGGGCCCUUCUCCAGCAUCACUUGGGAGCCUAGCCUCCGCCUCUGGCUCCGAUGUCAGUUCCCUGACAUGGAGCAUGGCCUUUUUUGCUGUUGCCCCAUAGUAAGGAAUGAUCUCUCAUCCUACUCCUUUUUUCACCAUGGCCUUGACGUAGUGAAGUUGGUUUGCAGGUAAUAAUUGCUUUAGAUCAGUCUUCACGAUUGUAAUAUGUAAUAUUACUGCAGCUAAUCUCUUAAACAACCUCUGCUUCUUUAAGUCCAUGAUGCACAUUGCAUGGGAAAUAUGAGGCUUUAAUUGUUUUUUCUUGAUCUUCUCUAGGCGUUUCUGAGUGCAUCAUUAUGGGUAUCCCCAUGAACAUUGGAACUGGACUUUUCAAGCUGCUGCAUAAAGCUGACAAGGAAGCAGACCCCCCAAGAAGGCCUUUAAUUUUCGACAACCCCGAUUUCCAUAUUUCCCUUACUACGUAGCAGCUGGAGAGCACCAAACAGCAAGCAGAUGGCAUAUUUUAAACUGGAGCUGCAUGUCUCUCUAAGUAGGGUUUGGAAGCUGGAUAAGUGAGAGAUCAUGAUGUGCGCAACUGAUCCACCACUGCUGCAGGCGUUUAUCUUUUGUGUACUUAAUCCGCAGUGAACUUCAGCUGACGGCGUUUGGUUUUUAAAAGCAAUAAUUUUCCCUGCUACAUCAAAAACCUGUAACGUGGAUUGUGGGACACCAAAUCCCUAUGAAAGGGAAGACGCUUAACGUUUUUGCCUGGAUUUCUGUCAGAAGCAUUAGCUAUAGUAAUAGGAAAGAUUUCUGCUGCCCCUACCAGCUGUGAUAAACAUCUGUCAGAGUGUCCAAAGUAAUUUCCAGUUGGAUUGAUGUCAAACAGAAGGAAGGUUGUGUUUGCUGUCAUAUGUCGUGCAUAUCCUUUUCUGUUAAAGUUUGCUUCCCAAGUACACUUUGUGUGGCAACUUCUUAGGAAAAAGGGGGGGAAGGGGCCCCAGAAAUUCUUUAUAUUUUGAGGCCAUUUCACACAACUCCAUUCCAUGUAGAUUCCACCACAGAGUAACUACAGAAAGAGAGAGGAAGACAGAGGGGUGGGAAUCAAAAUUGGCUCUGAAUGGUAGUGAAUUGAAUGGUGAGGAGCUAUUGGGGGUUAGCAUUGGGAUCAUGGCCAACACUGAUUUUAUUUACUAGGAGAUUCAGAGAAUGAUCUUACCUGCUAAAGUUCAGGCACUGAUACACUGACUAUUUCUCCAGCCUAAUUAAUACACAGUAGUGUUAUGUUAAUGCUGAGCUAAUGGGAAUGACUGGGAAUUGUGCAAGUGGGGGCUGAUGGACACCCCCACUUUCAUUCUAGUAGACAUUCCUUCAGUCUACUCCCCAAAGCAAUUAUAUUCUGUAGGUAAGAAAGCUGCAAAACUCACUUUUGUAAUAUCUGACACUUUUUAUAUUGCUGAAUGCUGAAGAGUUUGUGAGUAAAGUUUUUAAGUAAAUGAAGGGACUUGGAACCCUUCAAUACUUUUAUAGCAAGUAACAUGAUGGAGAAAACUAGAUGAGGAAAUGAAGGCAAUGCCCCUCUCUCUCCCCGCCCUUAUUGUUUAAAUUAUCCCUUUUCGGUUCAUAUUGAUUCAUCCAUUUGCACGUUGGUCCUAAACUACCGUACAUUGUUUAUCAGAGCAAAUGUUUAACUGAUUCGCAAUUAUAUUUGUAUGUGCUUGUUAGUAUCACCCCCAACAUAGGAAUUAAGGUCAUCUUCUGGUUUGUUUGCUUUUUUGUUAAAGAAAAAUGAUAAUGUACAGCAAAUAGCAUGAUUCUUUUUUUGCUAGGCAUAAAGAAACAAAUUCUGAAUACAAAGAAAGAUAAUACGAAAAAAUAGUGAUAAUAAAAUAAACAAAAUUGGUAUUGCAGCCAGAAUAGCAUUCAUGACCACUCAUUUGCUUAUUUUCUGGAUGCCUUUUUGAAGGUGAAGACUGUGAUGGUGACAGUACUUCAGAGCCUUCCAGAUAAAGCCAGACUAGAGUAGAAGCCAGUCCAGAAGAUGAUCCAGAUCUAAACAUGAACUACCAAAUCUCUCCUACCACUAGAGGGAAUUGAGUGUAACAACUCAUAUAAAAGCUGUGCUGAGCUGUUAAUAGCACCAUGGACUAAAAGGUAUGAAGCUGGAGUACUAACGAGAUGAUUCCUGCCCCCCCCAAAAAAAAAAAUUCACUACAAGCUACUCUGCAUUUGGGAGGCUAUGGGGCAACAAAGACCACUGUGUGAUUGCAGUUUGUGCUUUGUAUGGCAGUUUGCAAAUUCUUCUUUGAGCCAGUAGCGGGUCUGAAUGUCAGAUCUCUAUCCCCAGUUUUGUGAAUAAUGUUAUACAAGACAAGUUGGUCCUCAGAAUCCAGAAGCUUCCAAAAGGAAGUUCCCUUCCAAAAUGUGAACAGUUUCAUGUAGCAUGGGAAAAUGUUGCUUUCUUAUACUGUACUGUAGAUGUGAAUAAAGAUGAUUUUUCAAGGUGUGCGUUCAGGGUCAUUUACUGAUGGAAUUCUCUACCUAAAACUGCUGUAAAUAUUCUUAAUAAAGCAUAACUAUUUGAACAUUCAUGCAU